AAGUGCAUCAAUCCAUCGCUUCGUCCAAAGAUGGCGAAUGUGGUGCUCGAGUUCAAGGCUUCUGCCGGAGAUUCGGAGCCCCAAAAUCGCCCGGUCCUCAUUGUCGGUCAACUGAAUAACCUACAGCAAGCAAACUGGACCCAAGUCAAAGGGAAAUUGCAGCCAGCUGUCAGCGAAAAGGUGAGGAGAAAAAGAAAAAAAAAGCAGGGCUAAUCGCGUUAAAACGGAGGGUCCCUGGAGUUCUCCGGCAAGCACUCAACUGUCCUCUCGCGCUAGCUUUGCAAGCUAGCUGGCUAGCCUGUAUCAGUAACUUUUUUCUAGCUAGUAAUUAUACUAUGACAAAAUGUUUAAUUUUACGCUUUGUAUUUUGUGAAGUAGUUCAAUGGUUAAUGCAUUGCUCCGUACAUUGAAUCUAACUUAAUGCUAACAAAGUUCGAUAGCUCGCUAACUAGCUUAGCUAUCACAAAUUAAGUGUGUUUUCAGAAGUGUCGCCGCCAUUAAUUUUCAAGGAGGGCGGGUGAUUGUGGGAAAGUGAGCAUUAGAACCCUGCUAGCAGAGCCUAUCAAAAGUUGAACUCUGCUCUACUUUAUGCAAAUUUAAAGUGGAGCGUUGGAGAGAAGCGUUCUGGUCAAAACCAGUGGAGGCUCCUCCGAGGAAGGGGAGGACCAUCCUACUCAGGUAAUUUGAAUAAUAAUCCAAAUUGAGAUACAUUUAAAAAGUUAUCCUUUUUAGAUAAAAACUAUAAUAAAUAUAUUCACGUCUCCAAAUAACUGAUUUAAAACACUGUUUUGCAAUGGUCUACAGUAGCCUCAACAGCACCAUCUAGGUUAGCACCAUGGUAUAGCCGGAGGACAGCUAUUUUCUGUCCUCUGGGUACAUUGACUUCAAUACAAAACCUAGGAGGCUCAUGGUUCUCACCCCUUUCCAUAGACUUACACAGUAAUUAGGACCACUUCCGGAGGACGUCCUCCAACCUAUCAGAGCUCUUGCAAUAUGAACUAACAUCUUGUCCAUCCAAUCAAAGGAUCAGAAAAUGAAUCUAGUACUGAAAGCUACAGCCAGCUAGCACUGCAAUGCAUAAAGUGUUGUGUAGUUGAAUCAAAAAGCGAGAAAGACACAUUUCUUCAAAAAUUAAGGAGAAGCAGCAGAGUGAUAGAGAGAGCUAGCUAUAUGUCGUUGUAUAUUUUCUUCUUAGUUUACCUUUCCACUUACUUAGCUAAUUCAGCUAAUUUAGCCUACUCAACAACCUGAUUCAAACAGAGAGGAAUGCUAGAUAUUUAUUUUAGCUAGCUGGCUAAGGCUAUCUAUCAAAACACGGAUCUAUGUGUGUGGCGAUCAAGAUUACUGAUUAAUUAUUUUUACUUACUUUGUUACUACUGAUUUGUUUUUCUGAGUGAUUCUUCAUUUUAGUCAUUAGUUUGACUUGCUAGUGCUGGCCGCAAUUGUGUUUUUUGUUCAUGACUGAAGGCACAUGCACAAGAGGGAAGUACACGCACGCGAACCAUGCAUACUAACCGAAGUCUUGCAGGUGUUUAUAUGGUUUUGCACAUGUGCCAGAUGAUAGAAAUUUAAAAUUCAGUACCGAUGCUCUAAAAAGUCGGUUAAACAAUACUUUCCUGUGGAUAUUUUGUUUCAAAUUCUAAGCAGCUGAAAGACCAACAACACAGACAAUCGGCAGAGUAAGUUCAAAUAAUUGUAUUCAACAUUCCGGCUUGUAGAGGACCAGAGAGGACCAUUUCCGGAAUCAAACACUAUCAUGUUCAAGAUGGUGUAUUUCGAAAUUCACCACCUGGUCCCCAGGCAACGACUAACCUAGCUAUUAUUCCUCGUGACAUAACUUAAUGUUUGGUCCAGCCAGCUGACUUUGGAGUCUCUUCAGAUCUUUUGCAGCUAAUUGGUAUUUUGCGCCAUCAGAUAUUUUGCCAAAAAUUGGGCUGCCCGUGUAAACACAGCCUUUGGCUCCUAUUUGGUCUUCUGCUUUGCAAAAAUCUCUAUCACAGCACUGUAGGUGAAUUGGUCAACAAUUUGUUGCCACACAGCAUCAGACAACUUAUGUCAUAUGCCUUCAUUAGUUCUACUGUAUUCAGUACUUAUGUGAUCAUCACAAUGUAGCCAAUGAUUGUCACUCACUCUUUUAACCCUUAUUUUAUCAGGUAAGUUGACUGAGAACACGUUCUCAUUUACAGCAAUGACCUGGGGAAUAGUUACAGGGGAGAGGAAUGAGCCAAUUGGAAGCUGGAGAUGAUUAGGUGUCCAUGAUGGUAUGAGGGCCAGAUUGGGAAUUUAGACAGGACACCGGGGUUAACACCGUUACGACAAGCACCAUGGGAGCUUUAGUGACCACAGAGAGUCAGGUCACCCGUUUAACGCCCCAUCUGAAAGACUGGACUCUACACUGGGCAAUAUCCCCAAUCACUGCCCUGGGGCAUUUAGAUUUAAAAAAAAAUUGACCAGAGGAAAGAGUGCCUCCUACUGGCCCUCCAACACCACUUCCAGCAGCAUCUGGUCUCCCAUCCAGGACCAACCCUGCUUAGCUUCAGAGGCAAGCCAGCAGUGGGAUGCAGCAUGGUAUGCUGCUGUGUUAACAAGUGAAUUGUGUUUUUUUUUAUAUCCAGAUCUGGCAGGAUGCCCUCAGUGCUCUGAACCCUAACCCUACGGACAGCUGCCCUCUUUACUUGAGCCAUGCAGCCGUGGCAGCCCUGCCCUCCCGGGUUAGCAGACACAACAGCCCCUCCUCUGCCCACUUCCUCUCCCGUCUGGUCCGCACCUGCCUGCCUAGAGGGACGAGCCGAUGCAUCCUGGUCAGUCAGUUCAACGUACUCACUGGGAUUAAAAGGCUAAUUUGGAGCUAUACAGGGCCGGUUUCCCAGACACUGAUUAAGCCUAGUCCUGGAUUUAAAAGCACUUUCAAUGGAAAUUAUACAUUGAGAAUGUGGCGGGAAACAGGCCUGUGGAGUUUACGGCGCUGCUGACCUUAUCUGCCAUUAUGCAUUAGACACCAGACAUUUAUUAUUAGAUCCUUAGUGUUAAUGUGAUCAUUAAGCCAUAGAUCAGCCCCUACAGCUUUCCAAAUUCUCAAACAAAUCUAGGUUACCUACAUGUGGUUUUACUUCUAAGACAAUAUGCCAAUGCCUGCUUUGUGAUUGACACACUGUAUUGAUCAUUUUAGACUGACCGUUGUUACAUUUUGUUAUCAGACAGUAAAAGUGUGUUUGUUCCUGUCUGUUCAGAUGGUGUGUGAGCAGUCUGAUGUGUUUGCCUCGGCCUGUGCCAUCUCACGGGCCUUCCCCAUAUUCUCCCGUCGCUCUGCCUCCUCCCGCAGGACCGAGAAGACUCAAGUCACUGUGGAGUUUAUCACUGUUGGCGAAGACAACGGACCUCUGACCCUCACUGUACUGCAGGUACCUCUAACUUCUAUAAUAGUGAAUUGUGUGUAUCUGUCUCAUUGCCUGAGCCAUUGUGGACUUGAGCUUCAGGCCUAUAUCAGCCACUGUUGUUGCUGCCACGGACUGGUUAUGUUGCUGGCUGACCAAACUGACUCCAAGAUCUAGAUGGAGUGCUUCUAUGAUAUGAUUUACUGAACAAAUGUCCCAUGUGUUGUUUUGUCUGUGGUGGUUUGUACAUGCAUUAAUGUAGAUCUAAAGUACCUUUACAUGUUAUGUGUACUGAUGUAUGCUUUGGUUCAUGCCAGUGUCUUGCCAAUGCUGCGGAUGGAGUGAGACUGGCAGCACGGAUUGUGGAUGCACCGUGCAACGAGAUGAAUACUGAUCACUUCUUAGAGGCAAGUGAGAGCCUAAUGGUAUUAUCAUCUGCACCCCAAAUGGCACCCUAUUCCCUACAUAGUGCACUGCUUUUGACCAGAGCCCUAAUGUGCUCUGCUCAAAAGUAGUGCACUAUAUAGGUUAUAGGGUGCCAUUUAGGACGCGGACAUCAACGCAAUCAAUAGGACCCAAAUAAUGUCACCAAAAUCAACAGUUACAUCUUUAAACAACUUAUUUUAAACCAUAUAUACUCUAUUUGACUGGGUAUGUCUUUUUGUCUUCAGGAGAUUAAGGCAGUGGGGACUGAACUGGGCAUUACUCCUGUUAUCAUUCGUGGAGAGGAACUGAAACAGAAAGGAUUUGGAGGUACUGUAUCAGGAGAAGAAGGCUUGUUAUAAUGGCCAUGCAUCCAAAGCCUUGGCUAUGUGUUAUGCUUCUAUUUGAAGCCAUUUUAGUGAUGGAUUGGGACUCCAAUCUGUUGGGUUCUUUGCUUGCCAUCACACAGACUAAUGUGUGGGCCAGUUAGAAAAGCCUUUUUCAAACUUGCUAUACUCUUGUGCGGUGUUUAAACAACAACAGAAAUAAAUACAUACUGUAUGUAUCGGGUCACGUGUGGACUACACACUUUCUUCCACUUCCCUUGGAGUUUUCUUGGUACAUUGCUGUGAAAAAGUAUUUGCCCCCUUUCUGAUUUUCUCUAUAUUUGCAUAUUUUUGAUACUGAAUCAGAUCUUCAACCAAAACCUAAUAUUAGAUAAAGGGAACCUGAGUUUACAAAUAACAAAAAAAAGUUUUGCAACACCUAAUUCCCCUGUGUGAAAAAGUAAUUGCCUCCUUACACUCAAUAACUGGUUGUGCCACCUUUAGCUGCAAUGACUGCAACCAAAUACUUCCUGUAGUUGUUGAUCAGCCUCUCACAUCGCUGUGGAGGAAUUUUGGCCCGCUCUUGCAUGCAGAACUGCUUUAACUCAUUGACAUUUGUGGGUUUUCAAGAAUGAACUGCUCGUUUCAAGUCCUGCCACAACAUCUCAAUUGGGAUUAGGUCUGGACUUUGACUAGUCCAUUCAAAAACUUAAAAUGUGUUGCUUUUUAGCCAUUUUCAUGUAGAUUUGAUUGUGUGUUUUGGAUCAUUGUCUUGCUGCAUGAACCAGCUGCGCUUCAGCUUCACCUCACAGACGGAUGGCCUGACAUUCUCCUGUAGAAUUAUCUGAUACAGAGCAGAUUUCAUGGUUCCUUCUAUUAAGGCAAGUCGGCCAGGUCCUGAGGCAGCAAAGCAUCCCCAAACCAUCACACUACCACCACCAUGCUUGACCAUUGGUAUGAGGUUCUUACUGUGGAAUGCAGUGUUUGAAUUCUGCUCUGUAUCAGAGAAUUCUGUGAGCUGAAGUUGAAGCGCAGCUCGGUCAUGCAGCAAGACAAUGAUCCAAAACACACAAAUCAAGUCUACAUGAAAAUGGCUAAAAAGCAACACAUUUGAAGUUUUUGAAUGGACUAGUCAAAGUCCAGACCUAAUCCCAAUUGAGACGCUGUGGCAGAACUUGAAAUGAGCAGUUUAUGCUUGAAAACCCACAAAUGUCGCUGAGUUACAGCUGUUCUGCAUGGAAGAGUGGACCAAAAUUCCUCCACAGCGACGUGAGAGACUGAUCAACAACUACAGGAAGCGCUUGGUUGGAGUCAUUGCAGCUAAAGGUGGCACAACCAGUUAUUGAGUGUAAGGGAGCAAUUACUUUUUCACACAGGGGAAUUGGGUGUUGCAUAACUUUGUUUAUGAAAUACAUUAAGUAUAAUUGUUGUGUUAUUUGUUCACUCAGGUUCCCUUUAUCUAAUAGGUUUUGGUUGAAGAUCUGAUAACAUUCAGUAUCAAAAAUAUGCAAAAGUAGAGAAAAUUAGCAAGGGGGCAAAUACUUUUUCAUGGCACUGUAGGUUCGUUCGGUGGUUCUCCUCUUCAUUUGUCUUUGAAUGUACAACGUUUCUAUUCUGCUUUGUUACUUUCUCAGCAAAGCUAGCUAAUUUAAUGGGACCCAAGAGAUUUAGGCAAAAAGUAAUGUCAAAUUAAAUCGUUUUCCUACAUUGGAACAAAGUGUGUAUUCUGGUUUGUUAUGAGUUGUCAUGAUGCACAUACACUCAUCAUGGUUCUUUGACUGAUAACACAAUAUUAGUUUCUGUGGUCAUCAACUCGAUCACUUUGGACUGUUUGGGCCCUCAGGAAUCUAUGGAGUGGGCAAGGCAGCGGUGAACCCUCCUGCCCUGGCAGUCCUGAGUCACAAACCAGAUGGUGCCACCCAGACUAUUGCAUGGGUGGGCAAAGGCAUCGUGUACGACACUGGAGGCCUCAGCAUCAAGGGAAAGGUAAAAAGGCAUGCUUGUGGCUGUUCAGUUGGGCUGCAUCCCAAAUAGCACCAUAUUCCCUAUAGUGCACUACUUUUGAACAGAGCCCUAUCUGGGCCCUGGUCAAAAGUGGUGCACAAUAAAGGGAAUAGACUGCCAUUUGGAACGGGUCCUUAAUGGGAUUAUUCUGUCCAAUUAAAUGGAUGUUAGGGAGUUGCCAGCCAAAUAACUAUUAAAUUACAAUGUGGUAAAGGAUGAAUGUACUUUUUUUUUUUUUUUGCAUCAAGACCAACAUGCCUGGGAUGAAGAGAGACUGUGGUGGGGCAGCAGCCAUUUUAGGAGCGUUCAAAGCUACUGUUAAACAGGUGAGGUCUACUGUACCUACUACCCCUGGUUACUCUUUCAAAUCAACCUCUUAUUUGAAACAUAAGAUCCUGUUAGGAGAGCUGUUGAAGUUGUGUGCAAACCUUUUGAAAUAUGUCUUUAUUUCAGGGCUUCAAGGACAAUCUCCAUGCCAUAUUCUGCCUGGCGGAGAAUGCAGUCGGACCCACUGCCACGCGGCCAGAUGACAUCCACACUCUCUACUCUGGAAAGUGAGUAGCCGUUGGGGGAGCAUUUAAACCAGUUAGGCAAGGUAAUGGGAAACGGGCUAAUAUGAUGGCAACCUGAGGGAGGUAAUUCAAGAUUUUCCUUCUGAUGGGCUUUGUGUGGGAAAGAAACAAUUGGCUGACAUUUGAGCAAGGAUUCAUUAUUACGUUAUUGGCUUACAUUUAGUUUGUUUGUGGUUGAUUUAUGGUUUGAAUAGCCUUUUGUUCUCUUUUUGCUGCCUUUCUGAUUGAAGAAUUGAUGGCCUGAAUAAUAGUUUGUUCUCUUGUUUUGCUAACUUUCUCACAAAGGACAGUGGAGAUCAACAACACUGAUGCUGAAGGCAGGCUAGUGCUCUCUGAUGGUGUGGUGUAUGCCAGCAAGGACCUCUCUGCUGACAUCAUCCUGGAUAUGGCCACUCUGACAGGGGCACAGGUGUGUGACGGGCGGCCUCCUCUAGGGCCACAGCACUGCAGCUUUGGCAACAACAUUCGCCUACAUUACUUUGAUGUCACACACUUCUUUAAUCACUUGUCAUUGUGCAGCAAGCAAUUUAUAUAAUUUUGCUCUUAUAGAAUAGAUUUAGGCCUCUUACAUUUGAUAUAUUUUUAUUUCUAUAAGAUUGAGUCGGUCAAAAAAAUUCAGAAGUGAUGGUUUGGUAAUAAAUGUUAGCUCAAUCGCUAUGGUAUUUUUUUAUUGGUAAAUUUACAAACAUAUAUAAUGAUAUAUAAUAUAUAAUGAAACUUGUAUCCCAUUAUUGUAUGUGGUGAAAUAAGUAUAGCCAGUUAUAAUUGUAAUGGCUUUGCAGAUAAUAACAAAAGAAUAACAAUAUUUAAACGGCUCGAAGAGAAUGAAUGUAAUAUCUAUUGUUUACAGGAAACUCAUUCAACAAUUCUAGAUGAAGUUGCGUGGAAAAAGGAAUGGGGGGGCGAAAUAUACUUCUCCCAUGGGCAAAGAAACUCAAAAGGGGUGAUGAUAUUAAUUAACAGUAAUUUCGAUCCGAAUGUGCAAAUUGUCCAAACAGAUACGCAAGGUAGAUUGAUUGUUUUAAAUAUGUUAUUGGACCAUAAACAGAUAUGGCUCAUUAACCUUUACGGACCAAGUAAUGAUGAUCCACACUUCUUUGACAAUAUAUAUAAUACAUUUUCAACUCUGCAAGCAAUUCAAGACUCUAUUAUUAUGGUUGGAGAUUAUAAUACCGUUUUAAAUAGCUCAAUGAACCGUAAAGGAAAUCACACUACAAACAAUCACCCUCAUGCUCUUAAGGAAAUGGUGAAUGUCAUGGAUACAUUAGAACUAGUAGAUAUAUGGAGGCUUAACUAUCCUGAUCUAGUGAGAUAUACAUGGCGGAGACUCAAUCAAGCUAGUCGUCUUGACUUCUUUCUUUUUCGUUGGCACCAAAAGUUUAAAAAGUGUUGAUAGGGGACAGAAUGCGGUUGGACCAUCAUAUACAGUGGGGAAAAAAGUAUUUAGUCAGCCAACAAUUGUGCAAGUUAUCCCACUUAAAAAGAUGAGAGGCCUGUAAUUUGCAUCAUAGGUACACGUCAACUAUGACAGACAAAAUGAGGAAAAAAAAUCCAGAAAAUCACAUUGUAGGAUUUUUAAUGAAUUUAUUUGCAAAUUAUGGUGGUAAAUAAGUAUUUGGUCAAUAACAAAAGUUUCUCAAUAAUUUGUUAUAUACCCUUUGUUGGCAAUGACACAGGUCAAACAUUUUCUGUAAGUCUUCACAAGGUUUUCACACACUGUUGCUGGUAUUUUGGCCCAUUCCUCCAUGCAGAUCUCCUCUAGAGCAGUGAUGUUUUGGGGCUGUCGCUGGGCAACACGGACUUUCAACUCCCUCCAAAGAUUUUCUAUGGGGAUCUCACCUCGUGGGGCAUCAAUGAUCAUGAGGAAGGUGAGGGAUCAGCCCAGAACUACAUGGCAGGACCUGGUCAAUGACCUGAAGAGAGCUGGGACCACAGUCUCAAAGAAAACCAUUAGUAACACACUACGCCGUCAUGGAUUAAAAUCCUGCAGCGCACGCAAGGUCCCCCUGCUCAAGCCAGCGCAUGUCCAGGCCCGUCUGAAGUUUGCCAGUGACCAUCUGGAUGAUCCAGAGAAGGAAUGGGAGAAGGUCAUGUGGUCUGAUGAGACAAAAAGAUAGCUUUUUGGUCUAAACUCCACUCGCCGUGUUUGGAGGAAGAAGAAGGAUGAGUACAACUCCAAGAACACCAUCCCAACCGUGGAGCAUGGAGGUGGAAACAUCAUUCUUUGGGGAUGCUUUUCUGCAAAGGGGACAGGACGACUGCACCGUAUUGAGGGGAGGAUGGAUGGGGCCAUGUAUCGCGAGAUCUUGGCCAACAACCUCCUUUCCCUCAGUAAGAGCAUUGAAGAUGGGUCAUGGCUGGGUCUUACAGCAUGACAACGACCCGAAACACACAGCCAGGGCAACUAAGGAGUGGCUCCGUAAGAAGCAUCUCAAGGUCCUGGAGUGGCCUAGCCAGUCUCCAGACCUGAACCCAAUAGAACAUCUUUGGAGGGAGCUGAAAGUCCGUAUUGCCCAGCAACAGCCCCGAAACCUGAAGAAUCUGGAGAAGAUCUGUAUGGAGGAGUGGGCCAAAAUCCCUGCUGCAGUGUGUGCAAAACUGGUCAAGACCUACAGGAAACGUAUGAUCUCUGUAAUUGCAAACAAAGGUUUCUGUACCAAAUAUUAAGUUCUGCUUUUCUGAUGUAUCAAAUACUUAUGUCAUGCAAUAAAAUGCAAAUUAAUUACUUAAAAUUCAUACAAUGUGAUUUUCUGGAUUUCUGUUUUAGAUUCCGUCUCUCACAGUUGAAGUGUACCUAUGAUAAAAAUUACAGACCUCUACAUGCUUUGUAAGUAGGAAAACCUGCAAAAUCGGCAGUGUAUCAAAUACUUGUUCUCCCCACUGUAUGUGUAUAUACACUGCUCAAAAAAAUAAAGGGAACACUUAAACAACACAUCCUAGAUCUGAAUGAAUGAAAUAAUCUUAUUAAAUACUUUUUUCUUUACAUAGUUGAAUGUGCUGACAACAAAAUCACACAAAAAUUAUCAAUGGAAAUCAAAUUUAUCAACCCAUAGAGGUCUGGAUUUGGAGUCACCCUCAAAGUGUGUGAAGCACACUACAGGCUGAUCCAACUUUGAUGUAAUGUCCUUAAAACAAGUCAAAAUGAGGCUCGGUAGUGUGUGUGGGCUCCACGUGCCUGUAUGACCUCCCUACAACGCCUGGGCAUGCUCCUGAUGAGGUGGCGGAUGGUCUCCUGAGGGAUCUCCUGCCAGACCUGGACUAAAGCAUCCGCCAACUCCUGGACAGUCUGUGCUGCAACGUGGCGUUGGUGGAUGGAGCGAGACAUGAUGUCCCAGAUGUGCUCAAUUAGAUUCAGGUCUGGGGAACGGGCGGGCCAGUCCAUAGCAUCAAUUCCUUCCUCUUGCAGGAACUGCUGACACACUCCAGCCACAUGAGGUCUAGCAUUGUCUUGCAUUAGGAGGAACCCAGGGCCAACCGCACCAGCAUAUGGUCUCACAAGGGGUCUGAGGAUCUCAUCUCGGUACCUAAUGGCAGUCAGGGUACCUCUGGCGAGCACAUGGAGGGCUGUGCGGCCCCCCAAAGAAAUGCCACCCCACACCAUGACUGACCCACCGCCAAACCGGUCAUGCUGGAGGAUGUUGCAGGCAGCAGAACGUUUUCCACAGCGUCUCCAGACUCUGUCACGUGCUCAGUGUGAACCUGCUUUCAUCUGUGAAGAGCACAGGGCGCCAGUGGCGAAUUUGCCAAUCUUGGUGUUCUCUGGCAAAUGCCAAACGUCCUGCACGGUGUUGGGCUGUAAGCACAACCCCCACCUGUGGACGUCGGGCCCUCAUACCACCCUCAUGGAGUCUGUUUCUGACCGUUUGAGCAGACACAUGCACAUUUGUGGCCUGCUGGAGGUCAUUUUGCAGGGCUCUGGCAGUGCUCCUCCUGCUCCUCCUUGCUCAAAGGCUUAGGUAGCGGUCCUGCUGCUGGGUUGUUGCCCUCCUACGGCCUCCUCCACGUCUCCUGAUGUACUGGCCUGUCUCCUGGUAGCGCCUCCAUGCUCUGGACACUACGCUGACAGACACAGCAAACCUUCUUGCCACAGCUCGCAUUGAUGUGCCAUCCUGGAUGAGCUGCACUACCUGAGCCACUUGUUUGGAUUGUAGACUCCGUCUCAUGCUACCACUAGAGUGAAAGCACCGCCAGCAUUCAAAAGUGACCAAAACAUCAGCCUGGAAGCAUAGGAACUGAGAAGUGGUCUGUGGUCACCACCUGCAGAACCACUUCUUUAUUGGGGGUGUCUUGCUAAUUGCCUAUAAUUUCCACCUGUUGUCUAUUCCAUUUGCACAACAGCAUGUGACAUUUAUUGUCAAUCAGUGUUGCUUCCUAAGUGGACAGUUUGAUUUCACAGAAGUGUGAUUGACUUGGAGUUCCAUUGUGUUGUUUAAGUGUUCCCUUUAUUUUUUGAGCAGUGUAUAUAUUUGCAAGAAAAAAAACAUAUGGGGAUUGGAAGUGAUGCAGACAAUUACAUUGAUGGAAGUUACAAUCUAUCUGAAAUAUUAAAGCUGAUCUACCCCCUAAAAAAAAGAAGAAAAAGAAAAAAAGUUAGCUCAAGGGAGUCACACCACAAGACAUUAGUCAUCACAUUGUUGAAACACUCAUAAAAGCCAGUUGGGACUGUUUUACAGUCACUGCACUUUGAUCAGAGUAAAGGUUAACAGGGCUUGUGACCGACAUAAUACCUACUAACAAAAGUUUAACUUUUCGUUGAUCUUUGCACUUACUGACAUUGUCGUGAGCUAAAGCUAAAACUCUCCACAUUCUCUAUGAGAAACUCAAAACAACGGUUAUCAAGGGUGUUUGUGUCACACAAAAUUGUUAGGCCUACAAAAUUUGAGAUUUUCCUUAGAACAGUCGUUCUCUAGCCUAUCUCGAAACACACCUCGUGCAGUUGAUGAUAACGCCACAUCCUGUGGUAACCCUCAUGAUGUGCUGAUUUGGCUAAUUCUGAAAAACACCACAUGAUGCACCACAUUUAGAUUUUUUUGGGCUACCCAGUGAAGUAGCUAGUCGCAAGUGAAACAUUUGUCACUGAGGUGUGAUCAGCACAAAAUUGGGGCUGAUUUUUGUUGCUCACCAGGAAAGGUUUGAAUCUAUACUGAACAAACUCUAUACUGAACAAAAAUAUAAAUGCAACAAUUUCAAAUCCAAUCCAAUUUUAUUUUUCACAUGCGCCGAAUACAACAGGUGUAGACCUUACCGUGAAAUGCUUACUUACAAGCCCUUAACCAACAAUGCAGUUCAAGAAAUAGAGUUAAGAAAAUGUUUAAUAAAUAAACUAAAGUAAAGAAUAUAAAAAAUAAAUACAGAAUAAAAUAACAAUAACGAGGCUAUAUACAGGGGGUACCGAGUCAAUGUGUGGGGGUACAGGUUAGUCGAGGUAAUUUGUACAUGUAGGUAGGGGUAAAGUGACUAUGCGUAGAUAAUAAACAGCGAGUAGCAGCAGUGUAAAAACAAAGGAGGGGAGGGGUGGUAUCAAUGCAAAUAGUCCAGGUGGCCAUUUGAUUAAUUGUUCAGCAGUCUUAUGGCUUGGGGGUAGAAGCUGUUAAGGAGCCUUUUGGACCUAGACUUGGCGCUCCGGUACCGCUUGCCGUGCGGUAGCAGAGAGAACAGUCUAUGACUUGGGAGUCUUUGACAAUUUUUUGGGCCUUCCUCUGACACUGCCUAGGAUAUAGGUCCUUGAUGGCAGGAAGCUUGGCCCCAGUGAUGUACUGGGCCAUACGCACUACCCUCUGUAGCGCCUUACGGUCGGAUGCCGAGCAGUUGCCAUACCAGGCGGGGAUGCAACCGGUCAGGAUGCUCUCGAUGGUGCAGCUGUAUACAUUUUUGAGGAUCUGGGGAAAAAGGUGUUUUCGUGCCCUCUUCACAACUGACUUGGUGUGUGUGGACCAUGAUCGUUUGUUGGUGAUGUGGACACCAAGGAACAUGAAACUCUCGACCCUGAUCCAUGAUCAGCUCCUUUGUCUUGCUCACGUUAAGGAAGAGGUUGUUGUCCUGGCAACACACGGCCAGGUCUCUGACCUCCUCCCUAUAGGCUGUCUCAUCGUUGUCGGUGAUCAGGCCUACCACCUGUUGUGUCGUCGGCAAACUUAAUGAUGGUGUUGGAGUCGUGCAUGGCCACGCAGUCGUGGGUGAACAGGGAGUACAGGAGAGGACUGAGCACGCACCCCUGAGGGGCCCCCGUGUUGAGGAUCAGCGUGGCAGAUGUGUUGUUGCCUACCCUUACCACCUAGGGGUGGCCUGUCAGGAUCCAGUUGCAGAGGGAGGUGUUUAGUCCCAGGGUCCUUAGCUUAGUGAUGAGCUUUGAGGGCACUAUGGUGUUGAACGCUGAGCUGUAGUCAAUGAACAGCAUUCUCACAUAGGUGUUCCUCUUGUCCAGGUGGGAAAGGGCAGUGUGGAUUGCGAUUGAGAUUGCGUCAUCUGUGGAUCUGUUGGGGCGGAAUUUGAAUUGGAGUGGGUGUAGGGUUUCCAGGAUGAUGGUGUUGAUGUGAGACAUGACCAGCCUUUCAAAGCACUUCAUGCUACGGGGCGGUAGUCAUUUAGGCAGGUUACCUUCACUUUCUUGGCACAGGGACUAUGGUGGUCUGCUUGAAACAUGUAGGUAUUACAGACUCGGUCAGGGAGAGGUUGAAAAAUGUCAGUGAAGACACUUGCCAGUUGGUCCGUGCAUGCUCUGAGUACACGUCCUGGUAAUCUGUCUAUCCCCGCAGCCUUGUGAAUGUUGACCUGUUUAAAGGUCUUGCUCACAUCGGCUAUGGAGAGCGUGAUCACACAGUUGUCCGGAACAGCUGGCGCUCUCCUGCAUGCUUCAGUGUUGCUUGCCUCGAAGCUAGCAUAAAAGGCAUUUGGCGCGUCUGGUAGGCUAACGUCUGGUAGGCUCGCGGCUGGGUUUCCCUUUGUAGUCUGUAAUAGUUUGCAAGCCCUGCCACAUCCGACGAGCGUCAGAUGUGGACAUCAGUUCAUAUAAGGACAUCAGUCAAUUGAAAUAAAUUCAUUAGGCCCUAGUCUAUGGAUUUCACAUGAAUGGGAAUACAGAUAUGCAUCUGUUGGUCCCAGAUACCUUUAAAAAAACAGGUUCGGAUGUGGAUCAGAAAACCAGUCAGUCUCCUUUGCAUAGAUCAGGCUGUUGAUUGUGGACUGUGGAAUGUUGUCUCACUCCUCUUCAAUGGUUGUGCGAAGUUGCUGGAUAUGGGCGGGAACUGGAACACUGUUGUACACAUCAACCAGAGCAUCCCAAACAUGCUCAAUGGGUGACAUGUCUGGUGAGUAUGCAGGCCAUGGAAGAACUGGAACAUUUUCAGCUUCCAGGAAUUGUGUACAGAUCCUUGCGACAUGGGGCCGUGCAUUAUCAUGCUGAAACAUGAGGUGAUGGCGGCGGAUGAAUGGCACGACAAUGGGCCCCAGGAUCUUGUCACGGUAUCUCUGUGCAUUCAAACUGCCAUCGAUAAAAAGUGAUUGUGUUCCUUGUCCGUUGCUUAUGCAUGACCAUACCAUAACCCCACCACCACAAUGGGGCACUCUGUUCACAAUGUUGACAUCAGCAAACCGCUCGUCCACACAACGCCAUAUAUGUGGUGUGCGGUUGUGAGGCCGGUUGGAAGUACUGCCAAAUUCUAAAACGACGUUGGAGGCAGCUUAUGGUAGAGAAAUGAACAUUCAAUUCUCUGGCAACAGCUCUGGUGGACAUUCCUGCUGUCAGCAUGCCAUGCCAAUUGCACGCUCCUUCAAAACUUGAGACAUCUGUGGCGUUGUGUUGUGACAAAACUGCACAUUUUAAAGUGGCCUUUUAGUGUCCCCAGCACAAGGUGCACCUGUGUAAUGACCAUGCUGUUUAUCCAGCCACACCUGUCAGGUGGAUGGAUUAUCUUGGGAAAGGAGAAAUGCUCACUAACAGAGAUGUAAUCAAAUUUGUGCACAACAUUCUAGAGAAAUAAGCUUUUUGUGCGUAUGGAAUAUUUCUUGGAUAUUUUAUUGCAGUUCAUGAAACAUGGGACCAACACUUUACAUGUUGCGUUUAUAUUUUUGUUAACUGUAUAUUCAAUAUAAACAUAUCACCAUACAGUUGAAGUUGGAAGUUUACAUACACUUAGGUUGGGGUCGUUAAAACUUGUUUUUCAACCACUCCACAAAUGUCUUGUUAAGAAACUAUAGUUUUGGCAAGUCUGUUAGGACAUCUACUUUGUGCAAGACACAAGUAAUUUUUCCAACAAUUGUUUACAGACAGAUUAUUUCACUUAUCACAAUUCCAGUGGGUCAGAAGUUUACAUACACUAAGUUGACUGUGCCUUUAAACAGCUUGGAAAAUUCCAGAAAAUUAUGUCAUGGCUUUAGAAGCUUCUGAUAAGCUAAUUGACAUCAUUUGAGUCAAUUGGAGGUGUACCUGUGGAUGUAUUGCAAGGCCUACCCUCAAACUGAGUGCCUCUUUGUUUGACAUCAUGGGAAAAUCAAAAGAAAUCAGCCAAGACCUCAGAAAAGAAAUUGUAGACCUCCACAAGUCUGGUUCAUCCUUGGGAGCAAUUUCCAAAGGCUUGAAGGUACCACGUUCAUCUGUACAAACAAUAGUAUGCAAGUAUAAACACUAUGGGACCACGCAGCCGUCAUACCGCUCAGGAAGGAGACGCGUUCUGUCUCCUAGAGAUGAACGUACUUUGGUGCGAAAAGUGCAAAUCAAUCCCAGAACAACAGCAAAGGACCUUGUGAAGAUUCUGGAGGAAACAGGUACAAAAGUAUCUAUAUCCACAGUAAAACGAGUCCUAUAUCGACAUAACCUGAAAGGCCGCUUAGCAAGGAAGAAGCCACUGCUCCAAAACCACCAUAAAAAAAGCCAGACUACGGUUUGCAACUGCAAAUGGGGACAAAGAUCGUACUUUUUGGAGAAAUGUCCUCUGGUCUGAUGAAACAAAAAUAGAACUUUUUGGCCAUAAUGACCAUCGUUAUGUUUGGAGGAAAAAGGGGGUGGCUUGCAAGCCGAAGAACACCAUCCCAACUGUGAAGCACGGGGGUGGCAGCAUCAUGCUGUGGGGGUGCUUUGCUGCAGGAGGGUCUGGUGCACUUCACAAAAUAGAUGGCAUCAUGAGGAAGGAAAAUUAUGUGGAUAUAUUGAAGCAACAUCUCAAGACAUCAGUCAGAAAUUUAAAGCUUGGUCACAAAUGGGUCUUCCAAAUGGACAAUGACCCCAAGCAUACUUCCAAAGUUGUGGCAAAAUGGCUUAAGGACAACAAAGUUAAGGUAUUGGAGUGGCCAUCACAAAGCUGACCUCAAUCCUAUAGAAAAUGUGUGGGCAGAACUGAAAAAGCGUGUGCGAGCAAGGAGGCCUACAAACCUGACUCAGUUACACCAGCUCUGUCAGGAGGAAUGGGUGAAAAUUCACCCAACUUAUUGUGGGAAGUUUGUGGAAGGCUACCCGAAGCGUUUGACCCAAGUUAAACAAUUUAAAGGCAAUGCUACCAAAUACUAAUUGAGUGUAUGUAAACUUCUGACCCACUGGGAAUGUGAUGAAUGAAAGAAAAGCUGAAAUAAAUAAUUAGCUCUACUAUUAUUCUGACAUUUCACAUUCUUAAAAUAAAGUGGUGACCCUAACUGACCUAAGACAGGGAAUUUUUACUAGGAUUAAAUGUCAGGAAUUGUGAAAAACUGAGUUUAAAUGUAUUUGGCUAAGGUGCAUGUAAACUUCAGACUUCAACUAUAUGUCUUCUCACCUUCUUUCACUUUAGUGAAUAACCAUAGUUUGUGUAUAACAAAUGACGAUAUGAGUAUAUGUUUCUAAAAAUGGUUGAAUUUGUGUGUGGCUCUCCUAGGGGAUUUCCACAGGGAAGUACCAUUGUGCUGUGAUGACCAACAGUGAGCAGUGGGAGACGGCAUGUGUGAGGGCGGGCCGCAGCAGUGGAGACCUGGCUCAUCCCCUGGUCUACUGCCCAGAGCUGCACUUCAACGAGUUCACCUCAGCCGUGGCAGACAUGAAGAACUCUGUGGCUGUGAGUGGCACCACUACUCCACAGUAUGCCCAGUCUCUAGCAGGUCCUAAUCCUGGAUCUGAGUACAAUCAAGGAGCUUCUACAGCCUAUUGUGAUUGUUGAUCAUUUUCCUUCAGCCAAUUUAUAUAUAUUUUUCUGGAUAAGAGUGUCUGCUAAAUGACUAAAAUGUAAAUGCAUGAUUUUGCUGUGUCUGUGAAAGGACAGGGAAAACGCCACGAGCUCCUGUGCCGGCCUCUUCAUCGGCUCUCACCUGGGUUUUGACUGGCCUGGCGUCUGGGUCCAUGUGGACAUAGCCUCCCCCGUCCAUGCUGUGAGUGACUGGAUAUUUUAGUUUAGUGGAGGCGGUUUCCUGGACACAGAUUAAGCCUAGUCAUGAACUAAAAAGCAAACCCAAUGGAGAAUCCUCACAUAAAAAAAUGCUUUUUAGUCCAGCAUUAGGCUUAAUGUGUCUGGAAACCGCUCUUUAAAGUGUUUCAUUCAAUAUUUAGAAAGUAUAGACUAGACAUGCUCUAUUAAAUCAAUUUCAGCCCCUCACAGAUCUCGACUGACUCGUAUAAACAAAGGAUCUUCCUCUGUAUACUUUAUCUAUCUAGUGCUUACAGAUCGGUGAAAAAAUGUGUAGGAGCUAGAGCUAAGGGAAGGGGGGCUGGGAUCCAAAAUAUAGUUGAGUCAUGGUGUAACCUGUCCUCUCUCGCGUUUUCCCUCCCUUUCUCUCUGCAGGGGGAGCGCGCUACCGGCUUCGGCGUGGCUUUGCUCAUGGCCCUGUUCGGCCAGGCCUCAGAUGACCCCAUGCUCAACCAGGUGUCUCCUCUGGGGGCUGCUUGCAUAAAUGCUGCAUCCAGGGACCCGAUGGAGCGCGACUGCAAGAGGAGGAGACUGGUGUAAAACCUCCAAGCAGCUACCUUUGGACUUACCAACUGCACAGCCUCACCGGACCCACACACCUCCACUCUUUACGCUGACAUACACUGAUCACCUAGAAAGCAUUUCCAAUCCUCAAUUCUUAUUCGACUCCUUCACAAUGCAGUGAAUAAAAUGUGAAAAAAGAGCAGGUGGCUAGAACUUCUCUCAAAUUUGUUCACGUUGUAUUUAAAUGACAGUCUUUUAAUUUUGUCUCAGAUGGCCCACAAAGAAUUGGGAGGGAUGAUGAAUAUGCAAAUGUUUAUAGCAUGUUUUACACUUGAAGGUUUUGCCUUCCUUAAAUGAAUUACCAGAGCGUUAAGUGAGUGAGAAAGGAAAUGGUUGCAUAUCCCAGAACCAACGUGUAUCUGUGAUCAGGGUUGUGAGAGAGAGCUUUCAAUUUUGUGCAGAUGAGGGAUAUACAUUUUAAAAUAUAGUAUACAUCUAAUCUCUUUUUUUAUUGUCCUAUCAUGAUGGAACGAUCCCCAACCCUAUAUCCUAGAAACCCACCUGAGCGACCCAUACACCAAAGAGAAGUCCAAUCUGUUUUAUGGACCUGCUGUGAGUUGCCUAAACAGAAAAAUAAAUGCGGUCAGAAACCUACUUGAGCAGCACCGCACCCUCAAGAUUCUGAGCCUGCCUGGCAGGGUUGGUCCUACAAAGCCAGAGCCCCCUGAUGGUAGAGCAUUAUAUACAAGGAAAUUCUCAAAGCUGCUAAUGAGAACCUUGACAACCUUGUACCUAGCCGGUGGGGAUUCUGGUGGGUUACCUCCACCCAGGUAGUGGCAGUGCUGGAAACACUAGCUGCAGUAACCCAUGGGGAGGGGGUCACACUCUGACAAUCAGAGAGGGGGCUUAUUAUUGUGGCCCAGGUGGCACAAAAUAAUCAAAGGUCUGACUGCACGGAGAUGCUUGGUAAAAAUGGUUACAACGGGGGACCAGAGUGUUUGUGUCUCAGGUGAAGAGGGUGGAUCUGAUCUCCGUCACCUAGGACUUUACAUAGAUUAAAUAGAUUAAUCAAAUCUCACAUUGUUGUCAAUUUUUUGCUCAAUCUUGCAUGCUUUCUCGAAAAGCUGUAACUGUAUAUGCAUUCGUAAAUCGGGUCCUUUCUUGAGUUGGGCUCUGGGAUGUAACAACCGUUGAGCAUCUGAUCUUAUGGUUGAUUGUGGAGGAAAGGGGUUGAGUAUGUGCGUGUGUGUUUAUCCCCAUCUGUUGCAAGGGGGUAAGGAUGUUAGGGAGAAUAUAGGAUGAACCACAAUAAUUGUUUGCUAAAAUAAUAAUUGCUUGUCAAAAAUGUAAUGUAAUACAAUGGCUAUCCGGGUUAUAGGUUAAAAUCCUACACAUGAACUGCCGACAUGAUUACGCAUAUUAAUUGAUAAUGAUGGAAAAUAAGAUAUGCAAGAUAUUUGAAUAGAUAUAUAUUUUUAAAUAGCUAUAUACACUGCUCAAAAAAAUAAAGGGAACACUAAAAUAACACAUCCUAGAUCUGAAUGAAUUAAAUAAUCGUAUUAAAUACUUUUUUCUUUACAUAGUUGAAUGUGCUGACAACAAAAUCACACAACAAUUAUCAAUGGAAAUCAAAUUUAUCAACCCAUGGAGGUCUGGAUUUGGAGUCACCCUCAAAAUUAAAGUGGAAAGGUCAUACAGGCUGAUCCAACUUUGAUGUAAUGUCCUUAAAACAAGUCAAAAUGAGGCUCAGUAGUGUGUGGCCUCCACGUGCAUGUAUGACCUCCCUACAACGCCUGGGCAUGCUCCUGAUGAGGUGGCGGAUGGUCUCCUGAGGGAUCUCCUCCCAGACCUGGACUAAAGCAUCCACCAACUCUUGGACAGUCUGUGGUGCAACGUGGCGUUGGUGGAUGGAGCGAGACAUGAUGUCCCAGAUGUGCUCAAUUGGAUUCAGGUCUGGGGAACGGGCGGUCCAUAGCAUCAAUGCUUUCCUCUUGCAGGAACUGCUGACACACUCCAGCCACAUGAGGUCUAGCAUUGUCUUGCAUUAGGAGGAACCCAGGGCCAACCGCACCAGCAUAUGGUCUCACAAGGGGUCUGAGGAUCUCAUCUCGGUACCUAAUGGCAGUCAGGCUACCUCUGGCGAGCACAUGGAGGGCUGUGCGGCCCCCCAAAGAAAUGCCACCCCACACCAUGACUGACCCACCGCCAAACCGGUCAUGCUGGAGGAUGUUGCAGGCAGCAGAACGUUUUCCACAGCGUCUCCAGACUGUCACGUGCUCAGUGUGAACCUGCUUUCAUCUAUGAAGAGCACAGGGCGCCAGUGGCGAAUUUGCCAAUCUUGGUGUUCUCUGGCAAAUGCCAAACGUCCUGCACGGUGUUGGGCUGUAAGCACAACCCCCACCUGUGGACGUCGGGCCCUCAUACCACCCUCAUGGAGUCUGUUUCUGACCGUUUGAGCAGACACAUGCACAUUUGUGGCCUGCUGGAGGUCAUUUUGCAGGGCUCUGGCAGUGCUCCUCCUGCUCCUCCUUGCUCAAAGGCUUAGGUAGCGGUCCUGCUGCUGGGUUGUUGCCCUCCUACGGCCUCCUCCACGUCUCCUGAUGUACUGGCCUGUCUCCUGGUAGCGCCUCCAUGCUCUGGACACUACGCUGACAGACACAGCAAACCUUAAUAAUAAUAAUAAAUAAUAAUAAUAUGCCAUUUAGCAGACGCUUUUAUCCAAAGCGACUUACAGUCAUGCGUGCAUACAUUUUUGUGUAUGGGUGGUCCCGGGGAUCGAACCCACUACCUUGGCGUUACAAGCGCCGUGCUCUACCAGCUGAGCUACAAAGGACCACAAACCUUCUUGCCACAGCUCGCAUUGAUGUGCCAUCCUGGAUGAGCUGCACUACCUGAGCCACUUGUUUGGAUUGUAGACUCCGUCUCAUGCUACCACUAGAGUGAAAGCACCGCCAGCAUUCAAAAGUGACCAAAACAUCAGCCUGGAAGCAUAGGAACUGAGAAGUGGUCUGUGGUCACCACCUGCAGAACCACUUCUUUAUUGGGGGUGUCUUGCUAAUUGCCUAUAAUUUCCACCUGUUGUCUAUUCCAUUUGCACAACAGCAUGUGACAUUUAUUGUCAAUCAGUGUUGCUUCCUAAGUGGACAGUUUGAUUUCACAGAAGUGUGAUUGACUUGGAGUUCCAUUGUGUUGUUUAAGUGUUCCCUUUAUUUUUUGAGCAGUGUAUAUAUUUGCAAGAAAAAAAACAUAUGGGGAUUGGAAGUGAUGCAGACAAUUACAUUGAUGGAAGUUACAAUCUAUCUGAAAUAUUAAAGCUGAUCUACCCCCUAAAAUGUUUAAAAAAAAAUAAUGUUGGCUCAAGGAAGUCACAUCACAAGACAUUAGUCAUCACAUUGUUGAAACACUCAUAAAAGCCAGUUGGGACUGUUUUACAGUCACUGCACUUUGAUCAGAGUAAAGGUUAACAGGGCUUGUGACCGACAUAAUACCUACUAACAAAAGUUUAACUUUUCGUUGAUCUUUGCACUCACUGACAUUGUCGUGAGCUAAAGCUAAAACUCUCCACAUUCUCUAUGAUAAACUCAAAACAACUGUUAUCAAGGGUGUUUGUGUCACACAAAAUUGUUAGGCCUACAAAAUUUGAGAUUUUCCUUAGAACAGUCAUUCUCUAGCCUAUCUCGAAACAUACCUCGUGCAGUUGAUGAUGACGCCACAUCCUGUGGUAACCCUCAUGAUGUGCUGAUUUGGCUAAUUCUGAAAAACACCACAUGAUGCACCACAUUUAGAUUUUUUUGGGCUACCCAGUGAAGUAGCUAGUCGCAAGUGAAACAUUUGUCACUGAGGUGUGAUCAGCACAAAAUUGGGGCUGAUUUUUGUUGCUCACCAGAAAAGGUUUGAAUCUAUACUGAACAAACUCUAUACUGAACAAAAAUAUAAAUGCAACAAUUUCAAAUCCAAUCCAAUUUUAUUUUUCACAUGCGCCGAAUACAACAGGUGUAGACCUUACCGUGAAAUGCUUACUUACAAGCCCUUAACCAACAAUGCAGUUCAAGAAAUAGAGUUAAGAAAAUGUUUAAUAAAUAAACUAAAGUAAAGAAUAUAAAGAAAUAAAUACAGAAUAAAAUAACAAUAACGAGGCUAUAUACAGGGGGUACCGAGUCAAUGUGUGGGGGUACAGGUUAGUCGAGGUAAUUUGUACAUGUAGGUAGGGGUAAAGUGACUAUGCGUAGAUAAUAAACAGCGAGUAGCAGCAGUGUAAAAACAAAGGAGGGGAGGGGUGGUAUCAAUGCAAAUAGUCCAGGUGGCCAUUUGAUUAAUUGUUCAGCAGUCUUAUGGCUUGGGGGUAGAAGCUGUUAAGGAGCCUUUUGGACCUAGACUUGGCGCUCCGGUACCGCUUGCCGUGCGGUAGCAGAGAGAACAGUCUAUGCUACCGCAGUCUAUGCUACCCACAGCAUCAUGCUGUGGGGGUGCUUUGCUGCAGGAGGGUCUGGUGCACUUCACAAAAUAGAUGGCAUCAUGAGGAAGGAAAAUUAUGUGGAUAUAUUGAAGCAACAUCUCAAGACAUCAGUCAGAAAUGUAAAGCUUGGUCACAAAUGGGUCUUCCAAAUGGACAAUGACCCCAAGCAUACUUCCAAAGUUGUGGCAAAAUGGCUUAAGGACAACAAAGUUAAGGUAUUGGAGUGGCCAUCACAAAGCCCUGACCUCAAUCCUAUAGAAAAUGUGUGGGCAGAACUGAAAAAGCGUGUGCGAGCAAGGAGGCCUACAAACCUCACUCAGUUACACCAGCUCUGUCAGGAGGAAUGGGUGAAAAUUCACCCAACUUAUUGUGGGAAGUUUGUGGAAGGCUACCCGAAGCGUUUGACCCAAGUUAAACAAUUUAAAGGCAAUGCUACCAAAUACUAAUUGAGUGUAUGUAAACUUCUGACCCACUGGGAAUGUGAUGAAUGAUAGAAAAGCUGAAAUAAAUAAUUAGCUCUACUAUUAUUCUGACAUUUCACAUUCUUAAAAUAAAGUGGUGACCCUAACUGACCUAAGACAGGGAAUUUUUACUAUGAUUAAAUGUCAGGAAUUGUGAAAAACUGAGUUUAAAUGUAUUUGGCUAAGGUGCAUGUAAACUUCAGACUUCAACUAUAUGUCUUCUCACCUUCUUUCACUUUAGUGAAUAACCAUAGUUUGUGUAUAACAAAUGACAAUAUGAGUAUAUGUUUCUAAAAAUGGUUGAAUUUGUGUGUGGCUCUCCUAGGGGAUUUCCACAGGGAAGUACCAUUGUGCUGUGAUGACCAACAGUGAGCAGUGGGAGACGGCAUGUGUGAGGGCGGGCCGCAGCAGCGGGGAUCUGGCUCAUCCCCUGGUCUACUGCCCAGAGCUGCACUUCAACGAGUUCACCUCAGCCGUGGCAGACAUGAAGAACUCUGUGGCUGUGAGUGGCACCACUACUCCACAGUAUGCCCAGUCUCUAGCAGCUCCUAAUCCUGGAUCUGAGUACAAUCAAGGAGCUUCUACAGCCUAUUGUGAUUGUUGAUCAUUUUCCUUCAGCCAAUUUAUAUAUAUUUUUCUGGAUAAGAGUGUCUGCUAAAUGACUAAAAUGUAAAUGCAUGUUUUUGCUGUGUCUGUGAAAGGACAGGGAAAACGCCACGAGCUCCUGUGCCGGCCUCUUCAUCGGCUCUCACCUGGGUUUUGACUGGCCUGGCGUCUGGGUCCAUGUGGACAUAGCCUCCCCCGUCCAUGCUGUGAGUGACUGGAUAUUUUAGUUUAGUGGAGGCGGUUUCCUGGACACAGAUUAAGCCUAGUCAUGAACUAAAAAGCAAACCCAAUGGAGAAUCCUCACAUAAAAAAAUGCUUUUUAGUCCAGCAUUAGGCUUAAUGUGUCUGGAAACCGCUCUUUAAAGUGUUUCAUUCAAUAUUUAGAAAGUAUAGACUAGACAUGCUCUAUUAAAUCAAUUUCAGCCCCUCACAGAUCUCGACUGACUCGUAUAAACAAAGGAUCUUCCUCUGUAUACUUUAUCUAUCUAGUGCUUACAGAUCGGUGAAAAAAUGUGUAGGAGCUAGAGCUAAGGGAAGGGGGGCUGGGAUCCAAAAUAUAGUUGAGUCAUGGUGUAACCUGUCCUCUCUCGCGUUUUCCCUCCCUUUCUCUCUGCAGGGGGAGCGCGCUACCGGCUUCGGCGUGGCUUUGCUCAUGGCCCUGUUCGGCCAGGCCUCAGAUGACCCCAUGCUCAACCAGGUGUCUCCUCUGGGGGCUGCUUGCAUAAAUGCUGCAUCCAGGGACCCGAUGGAGCGCGACUGCAAGAGGAGGAGACUGGUGUAAAACCUCCAAGCAGCUACCUUUGGACUUACCAACUGCACAGCCUCACCGGACCCACACACCUCCACUCUUUACGCUGACAUACACUGAUCACCUAGAAAGCAUUUCCAAUCCUCAAUUCUUAUUCGACUCCUUCACAAUGCAGUGAAUAAAAUGUGAAAAAAGAGCAGGUGGCUAGAACUUCUCUCAAAUUUGUUCACGUUGUAUUUAAAUGACAGUCUUUUAAUUUUGUCUCAGAUGGCCCACAAAGAAUUGGGAGGGAUGAUGAAUAUGCAAAUGUUUAUAGCAUGUUUUACACUUGAAGGUUUUGCCUUCCUUAAAUGAAUUACCAGAGCGUUAAGUGAGUGAGAAAGGAAAUGGUUGCAUAUCCCAGAACCAACGUGUAUCUGUGAUCAGGGUUGUGAGAGAGAGCUUUCAAUUUUGUGCAGAUGAGGGAUAUACAUUUUAAAAUAUAGUAUACAUCUAAUCUCUUUUUUUAUUGUCCUAUCAUGAUGGAACGAUCCCCAACCCUAUAUCCUAGAAACCCACCUGAGCGACCCAUACACCAAAGAGAAGUCCAAUCUGUUUUAUGGACCUGCUGUGAGUUGCCUAAACAGAAAAAUAAAUGCGGUCAGAAACCUACUUGAGCAGCACCGCACCCUCAAGAUUCUGAGCCUGCCUGGCAGGGUUGGUCCUACAAAGCCAGAGCCCCCUGAUGGUAGAGCAUUAUAUACAAGGAAAUUCUCAAAGCUGCUAAUGAGAACCUUGACAACCUUGUACCUAGCCGGUGGGGAUUCUGGUGGGUUACCUCCACCCAGGUAGUGGCAGUGCUGGAAACACUAGCUGCAGUAACCCAUGGGGAGGGGGUCACACUCUGACAAUCAGAGAGGGGGCUUAUUAUUGUGGCCCAGGUGGCACAAAAUAAUCAAAGGUCUGACUGCACGGAGAUGCUUGGUAAAAAUGGUUACAACGGGGGACCAGAGUGUUUGUGUCUCAGGUGAAGAGGGUGGAUCUGAUCUCCGUCACCUAGGACUUUACAUAGAUUAAAUAGAUUAAUCAAAUCUCACAUUGUUGUCAAUUUUUGCUCAAUCUUGCAUGCUUUCUCGAAAAGCUGUAACUGUAUAUGCAUUCGUAAAUCGGGGUCCUUUCUUGAGUUGGGCUCUGGGAUGUAACAACCGUUGAGCAUCUGAUCUUAUGGUUGAUUGUGGAGGAAAGGGGUUGAGUAUGUGCGUGUGUGUUUAUCCCCAUCUGUUGCAAGGGGGUAAGGAUGUUAGGGAGAAUAUAGGAUGAACCACAAUAAUUGUUUGCUAAAAUAAUAAUUGCUUGUCAAAAAUGUAAUGUAAUACAAUGGCUAUCCGGGUUAUAGGUUAAAAUCCUACACAUGAACUGCCGACAUGAUUACGCAUAUUAAUUGAUAAUGAUGGAAAAUAAGAUAUGCAAGAUAUUUGAAUAGAUAUAUAUUUUUAAAUAGCUAUAUACACUGCUCAAAAAAAUAAAGGGAACACUAAAAUAACACAUCCUAGAUCUGAAUGAAUUAAAUAAUCUUAUUAAAUACUUUUUUCUUUACAUAGUUGAAUGUGCUGACAACAAAAUCACACAAAAAUUAUCAAUGGAAAUCAAAUUUAUCAACCCAUGGAGGUCUGGAUUUGGAGUCACCCUCAAAAUUAAAGUGGAAAGGUCAUACAGGCUGAUCCAACUUUGAUGUAAUGUCCUUAAAACAAGUCAAAAUGAGGCUCAGUAGUGUGUGGCCUCCACGUGCAUGUAUGACCUCCCUACAACGCCUGGGCAUGCUCCUGAUGAGGUGGCGGAUGGUCUCCUGAGGGAUCUCCUCCCAGACCUGGACUAAAGCAUCCACCAACUCUUGGACAGUCUGUGGUGCAACGUGGCGUUGGUGGAUGGAGCGAGACAUGAUGUCCCAGAUGUGCUCAAUUGGAUUCAGGUCUGGGGAACGGGCGGUCCAUAGCAUCAAUGCUUUCCUCUUGCAGGAACUGCUGACACACUCCAGCCACAUGAGGUCUAGCAUUGUCUUGCAUUAGGAGGAACCCAGGGCCAACCGCACCAGCAUAUGGUCUCACAAGGGGUCUGAGGAUCUCAUCUCGGUACCUAAUGGCAGUCAGGCUACCUCUGGCGAGCACAUGGAGGGCUGUGCGGCCCCCCAAAGAAAUGCCACCCCACACCAUGACUGACCCACCGCCAAACCGGUCAUGCUGGAGGAUGUUGCAGGCAGCAGAACGUUUUCCACAGCGUCUCCAGACUGUCACGUGCUCAGUGUGAACCUGCUUUCAUCUAUGAAGAGCACAGGGCGCCAGUGGCGAAUUUGCCAAUCUUGGUGUUCUCUGGCAAAUGCCAAACGUCCUGCACGGUGUUGGGCUGUAAGCACAACCCCCACCUGUGGACGUCGGGCCCUCAUACCACCCUCAUGGAGUCUGUUUCUGACCGUUUGAGCAGACACAUGCACAUUGUGGCCUGCUGGGAGGUCAUUUUGCAGGGCUCUGGCAGUGCUCCUCCUGCUCCUCCUUGCUCAAAGGCUUAGGUAGCGGUCCUGCUGCUGGGUUGUUGCCCUCCUACGGCCUCCUCCACGUCUCCUGAUGUACUGGCCUGUCUCCUGGUAGCGCCUCCAUGCUCUGGACACUACGCUGACAGACACAGCAAACCUUAAUAAUAAUAAUAAAUAAUAAUAAUAUGCCAUUUAGCAGACGCUUUUAUCCAAGCGACUUACAGUCAUGCGUGCAUACAUUUUUGUGUAUGGGUGGUCCCGGGGAUCGAACCCACUACCUUGGCGUUACAAGCGCCGUGCUCUACCAGCUGAGCUACAAAGGACCACAAACCUUCUUUGCCACAGCUCGCAUUGAUGUGCCAUCCUGGAUGAGCUGCACUACCUGAGCCACUUGUUUGGAUUGUAGACUCCGUCUCAUGCUACCACUAGAGUGAAAGCACCCGCCAGCAUUCAAAAGUGACCAAAAACAUCAGCCUGGAAGCAUAGGAACUGAGAAGUGGUCUGUGGUCCACCACCUGCAGAACCACUUCUUUAUUGGGGGUGUCUUGCUAAUUGCCUAUAAUUUCCACCUGUUGUCUAUUCCAUUUGCACAACAGCAUGUGACAUUUAUUGUCAAUCAGUGUUGCUUCCUAAGUGGACAGUUUGAUUUCACAGAAGUGUGAUUGACUUGGAGUUCCAUUGUGUUGUUUAAGUGUUCCCUUUAUUUUUUGAGCAGUGUAUAUAUUUGCAAGAAAAAAAAACAUAUGGGGAUUGGAAGUGAUGCAGACAAUUACAUUGAUGGAAGUUACAAUCUAUCUGAAAUAUUAAAGCUGAUCUACCCCCUAAAAUGUUUUUUUUUUAAAAAAUAAUGUUGGCUCAAGGAAGUCACAUCACAAGACAUUAGUCAUCACAUUGUUGAAACACUCAUAAAAGCCAGUUGGGACUGUUUUACAGUCACUGCACUUUGAUCAGAGUAAAGGUUAACAGGGCUUGUGACCGACAUAAUACCUACUAACAAAAGUUUAACUUUUCGUUGAUCUUUGCACUCACUGACAUUGUCGUGAGCUAAAGCUAAAACUCUCCACAUUCUCUAUGAUAAACUCAAAACAACUGUUAUCAAGGGUGUUUGUGUCACACAAAAUUGUUAGGCCUACAAAAUUUGAGAUUUUCCUUAGAACAGUCAUUCUCUAGCCUAUCUCGAAACAUACCUCGUGCAGUUGAUGAUGAACGCCACAUCCUGUGGUAACCCUCAUGAUGUGCUGAUUUGGCUAAUUCUGAAAAACACCACAUGAUGCACCACAUUUAGAUUUUUUUUGGGCUACCCAGUGAAGUAGCUAGUCGCAAGUGAAACAUUUGUCACUGAGGUGUGAUCAGCACAAAAUUGGGGCUGCUUUUUGUUGCUCACCAGAAAAGGUUUGAAUCUAUACUGAACAAACUCUAUACUGAACAAAAAUAUAAAUGCAACAAUUUCAAAUCCAAUCCAAUUUUAUUUUUCACAUGCGCCGAAUACAACAGGUGUAGACCUUACCGUGAAAUGCUUACUUACAAGCCCUUAACCAACAAUGCAGUUCAAGAAAUAGAGUUAAGAAAAUGUUUAAUAAAUAAACUAAAGUAAAGAAUAUAAAAAAUAAAUACAGAAUAAAAUAACAAUAACGAGGCUAUAUACAGGGGGGGUACCGAGUCAAUGUGUGGGGGUACAGGUUAGUCGAGGUAAUUUGUACAUGUAGGUAGGGGUAAAGUGACUAUGCGUAGAUAAUAAACAGCGAGUAGCAGCAGUGUAAAAACAAAGGAGGGGAGGGGUGGUAUCAAUGCAAAUAGUCCAGGUGGCCAUUUGAUUAAUUGUUCAGCAGUCUUAUGGCUUGGGGGUAGAAGCUGUUAAGGAGCCUUUUGGACCUAGACUUGGCGCUCCGGUACCGCUUGCCGUGCGGUAGCAGAGAGAACAGUCUAUGCUACCGCAGUCUAUGCUACCCACAGCAUCAUGCUGUGGGGGUGCUUUGCUGCAGGAGGGUCUGGUGCACUUCACAAAAUAGAUGGCAUCAUGAGGAAGGAAAAUUAUGUGGAUAUAUUGAAGCAACAUCUCAAGACAUCAGUCAGAAAUGUAAAGCUUGGUCACAAAUGGGUCUUCCAAAUGGACAAUGACCCCAAGCAUACUUCCAAAGUUGUGGCAAAAUGGCUUAAGGACAACAAAGUUAAGGUAUUGGAGUGGCCAUCACAAAGCCCUGACCUCAAUCCUAUAGAAAAUGUGUGGGCAGAACUGAAAAAGCGUGUGCGAGCAAGGAGGCCUACAAACUCACUCAGUUACACCAGCUCUGUCAGGAGGAAUGGGUGAAAAUUCACCCAACUUAUUGUGGGAAGUUUGUGGAAGGCUACCCGAAGCGUUUGACCCAAGUUAAACAAUUUAAAGGCAAUGCUACCAAAUACUAAUUGAGUGUAUGUAAACUUCUGACCCACUGGGAAUGUGAUGAAUGAUAGAAAAGCUGAAAUAAAUAAUUAGCUCUACUAUUAUUCUGACAUUUCACAUUCUUAAAAUAAGUGGUGACCCUAACUGACCUAAGACAGGGAAUUUUUACUAGGAUUAAAUGUCAGGAAUUGUGAAAAACUGAGUUUAAAUGUAUUUGGCUAAGGUGCAUGUAAAACUUCAGACUUCAACUAUAUGUCUUCUCACCUUCUUUCACUUUAGUGAAUAACCAUAGUUUGUGUAUAACAAAUGACGAUAUGAGUAUAUGUUUCUAAAAAUGGUUUGAAUUUGUGUGUGGCUCUCCUAGGGGAUUUCCACAGGGAAGUACCAUUGUGCUGUGAUGACCAACAGUGAGCAGUGGGAGACGGCAUGUGUGAGGGCGGGCCGCAGCAGCGGGGAUCUGGCUCAUCCCCUGGUCUACUGCCCAGAGCUGCACUUCAACGAGUUCACCUCAGCCGUGGCAGACAUGAAGAACUCUGUGGCUGUGAGUGGCACCACUACUCCACAGUAUGCCCAGUCUCUAGCAGGUCCUAAUCCUGGAUCUGAGUACAAUCAAGGAGCUUCUACAGCCUAUUGUGAUUGUUGAUCAUUUUCCUUCAGCCAAUUUAUAUAUAUUUUUCUGGAUAAGAGUGUCUGCUAAAUGACUAAAAUGUAAAUGCAUGUUUUUGCUGUGUCUGUGAAAGGACAGGGGAAAACGCCACGAGCUCCUGUGCCGGCCUCUUCAUCGGCUCUCACCUGGGUUUUGACUGGCCUGGCGUCUGGGGUCCAUGUGGACAUAGCCUCCCCCGUCCAUGCUGUGAGUGACUGGAUAUUUUAGUUUAGUGGAGGCGGUUUCCUGGACACAGAUUAAGCCUAGUCAUGAACUAAAAAGCAAACCCAAUGGAGAAUCCUCACAUAAAAAAAAUGCUUUUUAGUCCAGCAUUAGGCUUAAUGUGUCUGGAAACCGCUCUUUAAAGUGUUUCAUUCAAUAUUUAGAAAGUAUAGACUAGACAUGCUCUAUUAAAUCAAUUUCAGCCCCUCACAGAUCUCGACUGACUCGUAUAAACAAAGGAUCUUCCUCUGUAUACUUUAUCUAUCUAGUGCUUACAGAUCGGUGAAAAAAUGUGUAGGAGCUAGAGCUAAGGGAAGGGGGGCUGGGAUCCAAAAUAUAGUUGAGUCAUGGUGUAACCUGUCCUCUCUCGCGUUUUCCCUCCCUUUCUCUCUGCAGGGGGAGCGCGCUACCGGCUUCGGCGUGGCUUUGCUCAUGGCCCUGUUCGGCCAGGCCUCAGAUGACCCCAUGCUCAACCAGGUGUCUCCUCUGGGGGCUGCUUGCAUAAAUGCUGCAUCCAGGGACCCGAUGGAGCGCGACUGCAAGAGGAGGAGACUGGUGUAAAACCUCCAAGCAGCUACCUUUGGACUUACCAACUGCACAGCCUCACCGGACCCACACACCUCCACUCUUUACGCUGACAUACACUGAUCACCUAGAAAGCAUUUCCAAUCCUCAAUUCUUAUUCGACUCCUUCACAAUGCAGUGAAUAAAAUGUGAAAAAAGAGCAGGUGGCUAGAACUUCUCUCAAAUUUGUUCACGUUGUAUUUAAAUGACAGUCUUUUAAUUUUGUCUCAGGUGGCCCACAAAGAAUUGGGAGGGAUGAUGAAUAUGCAAAUGUUUAUAGCAUGUUUUACACUUGAAGGUUUUGCCUUCCUUAAAUGAAUUACCAGAGCGUUAAGUGAGUGAGAAAGGAAAUGGUUGCAUAUCCCAGAACCAACGUGUAUCUGUGAUCAGGGUUGUGAGAGAGAGCUUUCAAUUUUGUGCAGAUGAGGGAUAUACAUUUUUAAAAUAUAGUAUACAUCUAAUCUCUUUUUUUAUUGUCCUAUCAUGAUGGAACGAUCCCCAACCCUAUAUCCUAGAAACCCACCUGAGCGACCCAUACACCAAAGAGAAGUCCAAUCUGUUUUAUGGACCUGCUGUGAGUUGCCUAAACAGAAAAAUAAAUGCGGUCAGAAACCUACUUGAGCAGCACCGCACCCUCAAGAUUCUGAGCCUGCCUGGCAGGGUUGGUCCUACAAAGCCAGAGCCCCCUGAUGGUAGAGCAUUAUAUACAAGGAAAUUCUCAAAGCUGCUAAUGAGAACCUUGACAACCUUGUACCUAGCCGGUGGGGAUUCUGGUGGGUUACCUCCACCCAGGUAGUGGCAGUGCUGGAAACACUAGCUGCAGUAACCCAUGGGGAGGGGGUCACACUCUGACAAUCAGAGAGGGGGCUUAUUAUUGUGGCCCAGGUGGCACAAAAUAAUCAAAGGUCUGACCUGCACGGAGAUGCUUGGUAAAAAUGGUUUACAACGGGGGACCAGAGUGUUUGUGUCUCAGGUGAAGAGGGUGGAUCUGAUCUCCGUCACCUAGGACUUUACCAUAGAUUAAAUAGAUUAAUCAAAUCUCACAUUGUUGUCAAUUUUUGCUCAAUCUUGCAUGCUUUCUCGAAAAGCUGUAACUGUAUAUGCAUUCGUAAAUCGGGGUCCUUUCUUGAGUUGGGCUCUGGGAUGUAACAACCGUUGAGCAUCUGAUCUUAUGGUUGAUUGUGGAGGAAAGGGGUUGAGUAUGUGCGUGUGUGUUUAUCCCCAUCUGUUGCAAGGGGGGUAAGGAUGUUAGGGAGAAUAUAGGAUGAACCACAAUAAUUGUUUGCUAAAAUAAUAAUUGCUUGUCAAAAAUGUAAUGUAAUACAAUGGCUAUCCGGGUUAUAGGUUAAAAUCCUACACAUGAACUGCCGACAUGAUUACGCAUAUUAAUUGAUAAUGAUGGAAAAUAAGAUAUGCAAGAUAUUUGAAUAGAUAUAUAUUUUUAAAUAGCUAUAUACACUGCUCAAAAAAAAUAAAGGGAACACUAAAAUAACACAUCCUAGAUCUGAAUGAAUUAAAUAAUCUUAUUAAAUACUUUUUUCUUUACAUAGUUGAAUGUGCUGACAACAAAAUCACACAAAAAUUAUCAAUGGAAAUCAAAUUUAUCAACCCAUGGAGGUCUGGAUUUGGAGUCACCCUCAAAAUUAAAGUGGAAAGGUCAUACAGGCUGAUCCAACUUUGAUGUAAUGUCCUUAAAACAAGUCAAAAUGAGGCUCAGUAGUGUGUGGCCUCCACGUGCAUGUAUGACCUCCCUACAACGCCUGGGCAUGCUCCUGAUGAGGUGGCGGAUGGUCUCCUGAGGGAUCUCCUCCCAGACCUGGACUAAAGCAUCCACCAACUCUUGGACAGUCUGGUGGUGCAACGUGGCGUUGGUGGAUGGAGCGAGACAUGAUGUCCCAGAUGUGCUCAAUUGGAUUCAGGUCUGGGGAACGGGCGGUCCAUAGCAUCAAUGCUUUUCCUCUUGCAGGAACUGCUGACACACUCCAGCCACAUGAGGUCUAGCAUUGUCUUGCAUUAGGAGGAACCCAGGGCCAACCGCACCAGCAUAUGGUCUCACAAGGGGUUCUGAGGAUCUCAUCUCGGUACCUAAUGGCAGUCAGGCUACCUCUGGCGAGCACAUGGAGGGCUGUGCGGCCCCCCCAAAGAAAUGCCACCCCACACCAUGACUGACCCACCGCCAAACCGGUCAUGCUGGAGGAUGUUGCAGGCAGCAGAACGUUUUCCACAGCGUCUCCAGACUGUCACGUGCUCAGUGUGAACCUGCUUUCAUCUAUGAAGACCACAGGGCGCCAGUGGCGAAUUUGCCAAUCUUGGUGUUCUCUGGCAAAUGCCAAACGUCCUGCACGGUGUUGGGCUGUAAGCACAACCCCCACCUGUGGACGUCGGGCCCUCAUACCACCCUCAUGGAGUCUGUUUCUUUUUUUUUUGAGAACUCUGUUUAUUAAGUUUUACACACACACAGACAAGACAAAGCAAUAUAAAUAAUAUACUCAACUAGACAAAAAUACAAAUAAUACAUAUAAAAAAAAUAAAAAAUAAAAAAAUAAUAACUUUAAAGAUACCAUACUUUAGACAAGUUAAACACACCAGGCAGAAGGCUACAAAAGGUUAAAGGGCAAUCUAUAGUAUAGGGACAGAGCAAAUACCUCACCAUUGUUCCUGUAAACAGUUAAGGGAUGGGGUGGAGAAAUGCAACCACUCACAGACAGUCAAGGCCACAGACCAAUGAUCCACUGGACCAAAAAUAAAAAGUUACAAUGCUUUAAAAUAAAAAAUGAAUAUUGAUAAUUUUAUGUAGGCGGUGAACAGAAUUUAAAAAAUAAAAAUAACUGGGAAAAACAAGCUCACACCUUAGUCUCUGCCCGGGCGAGAUGAACAGGGCAUCCGCAGGUCACAAUCAAUAAGCACAUCAACCAUAAUGCCCCCCACCCCCACCCCAGAAAAAAAACACAGAGAAAUGCUCAUCCAACCCCUAAGUCACAGGGGGGGGUCAAAUACAGACUUAUUUUGGUUUUAAUAGGAAUGCUAUCAGAGGAUGGACUGUUUAAAGUAAGACCGGAAUGGAGCCCAAGCCUCAUUAAACAGUUUGGGGUUCCCACGUGAAUUGAAUUUAAUUUUUUCUAGUUUUCAGAGAGCACAACACAUCUCUCACCCAAUAUUUAUAAGAUGGGGGGAGCUGCCAUCUUCCAGUUCUGUAGUAUUAGCCGUCUAGCUAAAGAGUUGUAUAAGCAACAGUGUCCGACUGGAUUCUUGACAGGGGGGGUGCUUAUGGGCAGUACUCCAAAAAGGGCUGUAGGGGAGAGGGAUCUAUAACAGUGUUAUAUAUAUCAGAGAAACAUUUAAUAUUAAUUCCCAGAAACCUGACAGUUUUAUGACAGCCCCAGAACAUAUGCAACAGUGUGGCCGGUUCAAUUUUACAUCUGACACAGGUAGGAUCAAAAUCAGAGAAUAUUCUUCCAAGUCUGGCCCCAAGACCAGUGGAUACGGUGAACCACCUUGAAUUGAAUGAGGCUGUGUCUAGUGCUAAAAGAGGCACGACAUGCCACCCUGCGCCAGCACAGAUUCCAGGUGUCUUCCCCAAGUUCCUCCCCCAAAUCCUUUUCCCAUCGAGUCUUUAAGGCACCAAGAAGGGUUCUUAAGUCAUGAAUGAUUGCAUAUACAUCUGAAAUUGCGCCCCAUAGGAAGCUUGUUCAGCUCCAGGAUGCUCUCUAUAGCUGUAUUCAACAGGCCCUAUGGGGAAAUUCAGGUGUGUUAGCUCUGACAAAGUUCCUAGUCUUGGAGAGAUAGCGGAAAAAGUGGGAUUGGGGGAGGUUGAACCUUUCCUGUAGCUGAGCAAAAGAGGCAAAUGUAUCAUCAACUAAUAAUUGGGCUAGUGAGGAGAGGCCUAGUGAGUGCCAGAUGUCAAAAGCCCCAUCGUUCAAAGAUGGAGGAAAUAAAAUGUUCUGAUUGAUUGGGCCUGAUAGAGAAAAGCCUCGGAGGCCAAAGGCUAAGCGGAACUGAUUCCAAAUUUUAAGAGACUGCUUUACAAUUGGGUUGACACACCUUUUGCCUAGGGACACUGGGAGAGACGAGCACAACACAGAAGAAAGUGCAGCAGGUUUACACGAUUCAGACUCCAUCUGGACCCAGAUUGGUCUAGGGCCAGUAGGAUCAGUCUGCAGCCAGUACAGAAGGGCUCUGAAAUUUGCAGCCCAAUAGUAUGUCUGAAAAUUUGGUAGAGCUAAACCCCCCAAUGACUUAGGCUUCUGUAAAUGUUUUUACCAAUCCGUGGUACCUUGCCAUCCCAAAUAAAUGCAUGAAUGUUUGAUCCAGUGAAAUAAAAAAAAGAUUUUGGAAUAAAAAUGCGGUAGACAUUGAAAUAAAUAUAGAAAUUUGGGGCAACACACUCAUUUUAAUGACAUUAAUCCUUCCGAUAAGAGAAAGAGGUAGCCUUUCCAAAAGAAAAAGAUUGUUUCAAACGUCUGUAAAGAACCAAGUUUUCCUGAAACAGUUUGAAUAUUUCCUUUCACUUUGACCCCCAAAUAGUGUUUGCCCCGGACAAUCAAAAACUGAAGCUUGAAAAAAGGCAUUUUUAAAGCACCUUGUUUACGGAAAAAAGCCACUCUUGCCUGAUUCACUGUACCCAAAUUGACCCAAAAAACCUUUUAGAAAAUAAGGCGGUGGAAAAGGGGGUUCGGGGUUUUGAGAUAAAAAAAAGGGGGUAUCCGCAUAUAGCGAGACUUUCUCUUGACCCGUCCGGAUUAUUCCUUAAAAUGGAUCAUUAGAGCGUAAUCCCCUGGCGAAUUUUCGUUGCCAAAAAAACAAAAAGGGGGAAGGGGACACCCUGUCUGGAUCCGCGGUGAAAGGGAAAUAGUCAGAGAAAAGUUGUUAUUCCGUACCAAACCCGGGGGAAAAAUAAAAAAUUUUUAUCCCCGCAAUAAAUUUGGGGGCCCAAAAACCCAAAUCUAUAAUGUGGUGUUGGAAAACCCCCACUCAACGCGGUCAAACGUUUUUUCUGCAUAAAGUGAACCCCCCACCCUGGGUCCUCCACCGGGGGAGUCAGUAUAUUCAAAGGGCCAAUUUGAAAAAAAAGCUUUUUUUCCACAACCCAGUUGGCGAGUGUAUUACUUGAGCGCGAGCCUUCCUCGGAGGGCAAAGUUGGCUAGGAUUUUGUAAUCACAGUUUAAAAACAAUUUGGGGCGAAAGGAUCCACUUCCAGGGGGUUUUUGUUUUUUUUUUAAAAUAGUAAUAAAUUAAACUUGAUAAGACUGGGCGGUAGUUGGGAUUAAGGGCACCUGCAAUGUCGAGACAAAAAGGGGGCAAAGCCGAAGAAAACGUCCUGAAAAAUUGGGUUUGGGAAAAACCAUCGGACCCUUUAUUUCCCGUUUUCUUGCGGACAUCCCUGUUCAAUCUCCUAAAGUGAAAUUCUCUUUAAUGUCAGGGGUGUCUUAUCAUUAAAGCAUUCAGGCCAUUAAAAAAAGGACUCACAAAGGGUCUUUAGGGAUUAGAGUGUAUAGCGCAAAUAAAAUUGUUUGAAUUGUCUUGAUCUUUUAUGUAAACUGUGGUGGCACCAACGGGGUCCUUAUUUUUGGGGUUAAACUGAGGCCUAGUUUACGGAUCUGAUGUGCAAGGGUUUACUGGGCCCUUUUCGCCUUGUUCAAACCCCCGUCCGACCGCAAGAUAGCUGUUCAGUUGCCUGGUAAAAGCCAUCAAAUUCAGAUUGGAGUAGUUUUGGCGUCUUUUUGCGACAGAGGGGAAGGGAAACCCUGGCAUACUCUCGUCCAAUUGGGGUAGGUUCGUCAGGGGCCCGAAAUCGCUGAGAGGAACUCUUUUUGGGGCGUAUAAGAAAAAUUUGGCCACGGAGGUUGCUUUUGGGGCUCCCAUAUGGGGAGAGCAGGGAAAACCCGUGUUGAAAAAGUUUUUCUAGGAAAAAAGGGGAUUUUGAAGAAAUAAAUUGACAAAAAUCCUUUCUGAGGUAAAAAGGGGGUUAAAAAAAGGGCCCUUGAUAAAACUAGGAGGGGCGCUGGGGAAACUCUGUUCAAGCAUAAAGGGGAAAGGGCCCCAAAUACAAUCUCUUUUAAGUACCUGCCGAAGGUUAGGGAAAAGUUUUUUUUUCCAAAAAGAAUAAACAAUCCGGGGGGGUAUUUUUUAUAACAUGAGAAUAAAGAAUUGUCCCUUUUGUAGGAUGUAGGAAACGCCCGGCCCCAACAUGGGAAUUUUUUUUGAAAAAAGGGUGAAUAAGUGGGACUUUGAUGGGGGCCGUAUUUUUCUGAGGGCUUUUUCAAGAACUGGGGGCUUUUGCAGGUUGAAAUCCCCCCCCAAAACAAUAAAUGGGAAACUAAAAUUGGUUAGCAAAAAAAAGGAAAAAUGAAAAAUUUUGUCUCCCAAUUGGGGAAAAAACACAGCCAAAACAAGAGGGGGAGAAAAAAAUUUCCGGGUUACAUGACUUUUCGUCCCCUUAUCAGCGAUAACCUCAAAACCCAAAAAGGGGUGCUUUCAACCAAAAGGCAGCCCCUCUGUUUACUAUGAAAGUUAGAGUGGACACUUGACCACCCAUCCACCAUCCUAAAGUGCUCACCGUCCCAAGUGAUUCUUUUGAAAAGCAACUUUUCUUCAACCUUUAAGUGUUUCAACACCCUUACGUUUCACUGGAUUAAACCCCUUUUUUGUUCCACGAAAAGUAUUUUUGCUUGUUUCGGGCCCCCUGGGGAUUCCGUUAUACAACCCCGCAUUAGAGCAUAAAUGGAAAAACAAUGACCCCCAGAAAACCCCCGAAUAACUUUUUCAAGAAAAGUAGGGGUAGAUUUUUGGGAAAAAAUCCCAAAAAAAAAAAAAAAACGAAUAAAAACAUUAGAACUGAACAAUUUAAACCCCUCCCCCCCCCCCCUCCCCCCCCCCCAGCGUACCUCCCAAAAGAGGUAAAGCCUAAAAGGCAUGUCUCUUCGCACUAAAUUUUGGAGGUGCGGUCUUAAAAACCCAAACCCACGUCCCGCCUUUAAAGUCGGUUUGUUAGUGGUCAAACACAAAAAAAGAUAAUCAUUUUUUUUAAAAAAAAUUAAGGUGCCCCUUUUCGACAAAUUUCAAAAGCACCACUUGUAGAUGUAUAUAAUUAUAUUCCCAGUCUUAUAACAGGCAUUUGAGAGAGAAAAUAAAGACAAUAAAUAGAAUGUGUAAGGCUCUCAGCCGAAAACCUAAUUGAAGUAAGGAAAAUAGUAGUAAGACAUCAAAAAUGAUAAUAAUAUUAUUAUUAUAAUAGUUGUCUAGUUGAAUGCUGAGACAGCUUACAAACCAAGACCAAAAAACUACGUGUGCGCAACGUUUAACGCUUGCUGGGCAUAAAUGACGCUCUGAGCCUUAAAAUUAAGUGAAGACCCCAAAAAAACGUUGUCGCCUCGGGAAGCAUUUACUGUUUACUGGGUCAAUGCAACGGAUUGCAGUAAGCAAAUAACCAAGAAUAUUUUGAGUCACUGAGACACUAUGUAAACAAACUGAAUAGGUGAGCAAGACAGCCUAGAAAACACAGGAGUAUAGUAAAACCGCAAUACAAUGAGAUUUAAAAUGACUGAAUGCUUGUAAGGCAAGCACACUGGUGAUCAAAACAUUUAGAUCACAUCAAAUAAGCCUGAAUGGGUACGCCCAACCCCCCAAAACUAUACAAAAUUAGCAUGUUGUAGCUAAACAUAGUUGUACCACAGGUGGGUUACUUACUAUCCACAGUUCGCUAGCAACAGUUGCUGAGCUAUGAGCAAGUUCAAGACUUCUUGAUGUGACGUUGAAUGUGAGAGAGAGCCUCAUCCGGAGAUUCAAAUGUGUAGUCUUUACCAUCAUGAGAUAGCCAUAAACGGGCCGGGAAUCGCAGUCCGUACUUCACACCUGGAUGGUCCCGAAGUAGUCGUUUGGCCUGCCCAAAAGGCUGCGCGCUGCCUGGAAACAGUGGGGGAGUAGUCCUGGGUAGAUGGAGAAGCUCUGUCCUUGAAAGCUCAGAGUGGUAUUGCGGGCUCGUCGGAGAAUCUCCAUCUUCUCAUGGAAAAAGUGCACUCGAAAGAAUUAUGUCACGGGGCCUCUCCCCAUCCCGGGGCUUUGGGCGCAGCGACCGGUGGGCACGAUCAAUCAGGGGCUUUUCAUCCAAGGCUAGAACAUCCUUCAGCAGCCCAGAAACGAAAUCCGUGGCGCGAGGCAUUUCCGCUGACUCUGGGACUGAUACAAGUCUCAGGUUAUUGCGGCGAGGAGAAUCCCUCCAAACUUACACAGCUCUCCUUCACCUUUUUCAAGUCCGCAGCUAGGCGUUUCACGUCAGCCUCCAGGGAUGUAGUUAAGUCGGAGACAUUUGUAGCGAAGGUCUCCAGUGCUGCAAUCGUUGUAGUGUGCGACUCCAUUGUUGUUUUGAGUGAUGCGAUUGCCGGCACUGUCUCGUUCCGCAGGAUGGUUAGAUCUGCUUUUAAAGUAUCAGAAACCUCCUUUAUUCGGGCCUCAAUCGUAGCAACCACCUCCGUUUUCAUUUCAACUAUCUCAGAGCGUAGUAGUUUGAUGGCCUCGAGAAUGUUCACUUCAGCGCCGCCAGGCCAAGCCGCCCCCCCGGGUAGAGUAUCAGUCCCGGGUCGUCAGGCUCAGGGGAGGGCGGUGAUGAGAGUGUGUCUUGUAGGCCGGGUUUUCUCAAAGUCAUGCUUUUGGCCUUAUGUUUCGUCGACAUGCUGAUAUUUGGAAGUAAAGUAGUCUUGGUUUUUACGGGAAGGGAUCACCCAAAAUAAUAUAUGAAAAUAAAUACGGUUUUGCUGCAAAAUUCACAUAAACUUUAAAAAUACCACGGGAGCAAACGGAAAACACGUCAGUCGCACAUGGCGUCCCUCCAAUCAACCCUCAUGGAGUCUGUUUCUGACCGUUUGAGCAGACACAUGCACAUUUGUGGCCUGCUGGAGGUCAUUUUGCAGGGCUCUGGCAGUGCUCCUCCUGCUCCUCCUUGCUCAAAGGCUUAGGUAGCGGUCCUGCUGCUGGGUUGUUGCCCUCCUACGGCCUCCUCCACGUCUCUGAUGUACUGGCCUGUCUCCUGGUAGCGCCUCCAUGCUCUGGACACUACGCUGACAGACACAGCAAACCUUCUUGCCACAGCUCGCAUUGAUGUGCCAUCCUGGAUGAGCUGCACUACCUGAGCCACUUGUUUGGAUUGUAGACUCCGUCUCAUGCUACCACUAGAGUGAAAGCACCGCCAGCAUUCAAAAGUGACCAAAACAUCAGCCUGGAAGCAUAGGAACUGAGAAGUGGUCUGUGGUCACCACCUGCAGAACCACUUCUUUAUUGGGGGUGUCUUGCUAAUUGCCUAUAAUUUCCACCUGUUGUCUAUUCCAUUUGCACAACAGCAUGUGACAUUUAUUGUCAAUCAGUGUUGCUUCCUAAGUGGACAGUUUGAUUUCACAGAAGUGUGAUUGACUUGGAGUUCCAUUGUGUUUGUUUAAGUGUUCCCUUUAUUUUUGAGCAGUGUAUAUAUUUGCAAGAAAAAAAACAUAUGGGGAUUGGAAGUGAUGCAGACAAUUACAUUGAUGGAAGUUACAAUCUAUCUGAAAUAUUAAAGCUGAUCUACCCCCUAAAAUGUUUUUUUUUUAAUAAUGUUGGCUCAAGGAAGUCACAUCACAAGACAUUAGUCAUCACAUUGUUGAAAACACUCAUAAAAGCCAGUUGGGACUGUUUACAGUCACUGCACUUUGAUCAGAGUAAAGGUUAACAGGGCUUGUGACCGACAUAAUACCUACUAACAAAAGUUUAACUUUUCGUUGAUCUUUGCACUCACUGACAUUGUCGUGAGCUAAAGCUAAAACUCUCCACAUUCUCUAUGAUAAACUCAAAACAACUGUUAUCAAGGGUGUUUGUGUCACACAAAAUUGUUAGGCCUACAAAAUUUGAGAUUUUCCUUAGAACAGUCAUUCUCUAGCCUAUCUCGAAACAUACCUCGUGCAGUUGAUGAUAACGCCACAUCCUGUGGUAACCCUCAUGAUGUGCUGAUUUGGCUAAUUCUGAAAAACACCACAUGAUGCACCACAUUUAGAUUUUUUUGGGCUACCCAGUGAAGUAGCUAGUCGCAAGUGAAACAUUUGUCACUGAGGUGUGAUCAGCACAAAAAUUGGGGCUGCUUUUUGUUGCUCACCAGAAAAGGUUUGAAUCUAUACUGAACAAACUCUAUACUGAACAAAAAUAUAAAUGCAACAAUUUCAAAUCCAAUCCAAUUUUAUUUUUCACAUGCGCCGAAUACAACAGGUGUAGACCUUACCGUGAAAUGCUUACUUACAAGCCCUUAACCAACAAUGCAGUUCAAGAAAUAGAGUUAAGAAAAUGUUUAAUAAAUAAACUAAAGUAAAGAAUAUAAAAAAAUAAAUACAGAAUAAAAUAACAAUAACGAGGCUAUAUACAGGGGGUACCGAGUCAAUGUGUGGGGGUACAGGUUAGUCGAGGUAAUUUGUACAUGUAGGUAGGGGUAAAGUGACUAUGCGUAGAUAAUAAACAGCGAGUAGCAGCAGUGUAAAAACAAAGGAGGGGAGGGGUGGUAUCAAUGCAAAUAGUCCAGGUGGCCAUUUGAUUAAUUGUUCAGCAGUCUUAUGGCUUGGGGGUAGAAGCUGUUAAGGAGCCUUUUGGACCUAGACUUGGCACUCCGGUACCGCUUGCCGUGCGGUAGCAGAGAGAACAGUCUAUGCUACCGCAGUCUAUGCUACCCACAGCAUCAUGCUGUGGGGGUGCUUUGCUGCAGGAGGGUCUGGUGCACUUCACAAAAUAGAUGGCAUCAUGAGGAAGGAAAAUUAUGUGGAUAUAUUGAAGCAACAUCUCAAGACAUCAGUCAGAAAUGUAAAGCUUGGUCACAAAUGGGUCUUCCAAAUGGACAAUGACCCCAAGCAUACUUCCAAAGUUGUGGCAAAAUGGCUUAAGGACAACAAAGUUAAGGUAUUGGAGUGGCCAUCACAAAGCCCUGACCUCAAUCCUAUAGAAAAUGUGUGGGCAGAACUGAAAAAGCGUGUGCGAGCAAGGAGGCCUACAAACCUCACUCAGUUACACCAGCUCUGUCAGGAGGAAUGGGUGAAAAUUCACCCAACUUAUUGUGGGAAGUUUGUGGAAGGCUACCCGAAGCGUUUGACCCAAGUUAAACAAUUUAAAGGCAAUGCUACCAAAUACUAAUUGAGUGUAUGUAAACUUCUGACCCACUGGGAAUGUGAUGAAUGAUAGAAAAAGCUGAAAUAAAUAAUUAGCUCUACUAUUAUUCUGACAUUUCACAUUCUUAAAAUAAAGUGGUGACCCUAACUGACCUAAGACAGGGAAUUUUUACUAUGAUUAAAUGUCAGGAAUUGUGAAAAACUGAGUUUAAAUGUAUUUGGCUAAGGUGCAUGUAAACUUCAGACUUCAACUAUAUGUCUUCUCACCUUCUUUCACUUUAGUGAAUAACCAUAGUUUGUGUAUAACAAAUGACAAUAUGAGUAUAUGUUUCUAAAAAUGGUUGAAUUUGUGUGUGGCUCUCCUAGGGGAUUUCCACAGGGAAGUACCAUUGUGCUGUGAUGACCAACAGUGAGCAGUGGGAGACGGCAUGUGUGAGGGCGGGCCGCAGCAGCGGGGAUCUGGCUCAUCCCCUGGUCUACUGCCCAGAGCUGCACUUCAACGAGUUCACCUCAGCCGUGGCAGACAUGAAGAACUCUGUGGCUGUGAGUGGCACCACUACUCCACAGUAUGCCCAGUCUCUAGCAGGUCCUAAUCCUGGAUCUGAGUACAAUCAAGGAGCUUCUACAGCCUAUUGUGAUUGUUGAUCAUUUUCCUUCAGCCAAUUUAUAUAUAUUUUUCUGGAUAAGAGUGUCUGCUAAAUGACUAAAAUGUAAAUGCAUGUUUUUGCUGUGUCUGUGAAAGGACAGGGAAAACGCCACGAGCUCCUGUGCCGGCCUCUUCAUCGGCUCUCACCUGGGUUUUGACUGGCCUGGCGUCUGGGUCCAUGUGGACAUAGCCUCCCCCGUCCAUGCUGUGAGUGACUGGAUAUUUUAGUUUAGUGGAGGCGGUUUCCUGGACACAGAUUAAGCCUAGUCAUGAACUAAAAAGCAAACCCAAUGGAGAAUCCUCACAUAAAAAAAUGCUUUUUAGUCCAGCAUUAGGCUUAAUGUGUCUGGAAACCGCUCUUUAAAGUGUUUCAUUCAAUAUUUAGAAAGUAUAGACUAGACAUGCUCUAUUAAAUCAAUUUCAGCCCCUCACAGAUCUCGACUGACUCGUAUAAACAAAGGAUCUUCCUCUGUAUACUUUAUCUAUCUAGUGCUUACAGAUCGGUGAAAAAAUGUGUAGGAGCUAGAGCUAAGGGAAGGGGGGCUGGGAUCCAAAAUAUAGUUGAGUCAUGGUGUAACCUGUCCUCUCUCGCGUUUUUCCCUCCCUUUCUCUCUGCAGGGGGAGCGCGCUACCGGCUUCGGCGUGGCUUUGCUCAUGGCCCUGUUCGGCCAGGCCUCAGAUGACCCCAUGCUCAACCAGGUGUCUCCUCUGGGGGCUGCUUGCAUAAAUGCUGCAUCCAGGGACCCGAUGGAGCGCGACUGCAAGAGGAGGAGACUGGUGUAAAACCUCCAAGCAGCUACCUUUGGACUUACCAACUGCACAGCCUCACCGGACCCACACACCUCCACUCUUUACGCUGACAUACACUGAUCACCUAGAAAGCAUUUCCAAUCCUCAAUUCUUAUUUGACUCCUUCACAAUGCAGUGAAUAAAAUGUGAAAAAAGAGCAGGUGGCUAGAACUUCUCUCAAAUUUGUUCACGUUGUAUUUAAAUGACAGUUUUUUAAUUUUGUCUCAGAUGGCCCACAAAGAAUUGGGAGGGAUGAUGAAUAUGCAAAUGUUUAUAGCAUGUUUUACACUUGAAGGUUUUGCCUUCCUUAAAUGAAUUACCAGAGCGUUAAGUGAGUGAGAAAGGAAAUGGUUGCAUAUCCCAGAACCAACGUGUAUCUGUGAUCAGGGUUGUGAGAGAGAGCUUUCAAUUUUGUGCAGAUGAGGGAUAUACAUUUUAAAAUAUAGUAUACAUCUAAUCUCUUUUUUUAUUGUCCUAUCAUGAUGGAACGAUCCCCAACCCUAUAUCCUAGAAACCCACCUGAGCGACCCAUACACCAAAGAGAAGUCCAAUCUGUUUUAUGGACCUGCUGUGAGUUGCCUAAACAGAAAAAUAAAUGCGGUCAGAAACCUACUUGAGCAGCACCGCACCCUCAAGAUUCUGAGCCUGCCUGGCAGGGUUGGUCCUACAAAGCCAGAGCCCCCUGAUGGUAGAGCAUUAUAUACAAGGAAAUUAUCAAAGCUGCUAAUGAGAACCUUGACAACCUUGUACCUAGCCGGUGGGGAUUCUGGUGGGUUACCUCCACCCAGGUAGUGGCAGUGCUGGAAACACUAGCUGCAGUAACCCAUGGGGAGGGGGUCACACUCUGACAAUCAGAGAGGGGGCUUAUUAUUGUGGCCCAGGUGGCACAAAAUAAUCAAAGGUCUGACUGCACGGAGAUGCUUGGUAAAAAUGGUUACAACGGGGGACCAGAGUGUUUGUGUCUCAGGUGAAGAGGGUGGAUCUGAUCUCCGUCACCUAGGACUUUACAUAGAUUAAAUAGAUUAAUCAAAUCUCACAUUGUUGUCAAUUUUUGCUCAAUCUUGCAUGCUUUCUCGAAAAGCUGUAACUGUAUAUGCAUUCGUAAAUCGGGUCCUUUCUUGAGUUGGGCUCUGGGAUGUAACAACCGUUGAGCAUCUGAUCUUAUGGUUGAUUGUGGAGGAAAGGGGUUGAGUAUGUGCGUGUGUGUUUAUCCCCAUCUGUUGCAAGGGGGUAAGGAUGUUAGGGAGAAUAUAGGAUGAACCACAAUAAUUGUUUGCUAAAAUAAUAAUUGCUUGUCAAAAAUGUAAUGUAAUACAAUGGCUAUCCGGGUUAUAGGUUAAAAUCCUACACAUGAACUGCCGACAUGAUUACGCAUAUUAAUUGAUAAUGAUGGAAAAUAAGAUAUGCAAGAUAUUUGAAUAGAUAUAUAUUUUUAAAUAGCUAUAUACACUGCUCAAAAAAAUAAAGGGAACACUAAAAUAACACAUCCUAGAUCUGAAUGAAUUAAAUAAUCUUAUUAAAUACUUUUUUCUUUACAUAGUUGAAUGUGCUGACAACAAAAUCACACAAAAAUUAUCAAUGGAAAUCAAAUUUAUCAACCCAUGGAGGUCUGGAUUUGGAGUCACCCUCAAAAUUAAAGUGGAAAGGUCAUACAGGCUGAUCCAACUUUGAUGUAAUGUCCUUAAAACAAGUCAAAAUGAGGCUCAGUAGUGUGUGGCCUCCACGUGCAUGUAUGACCUCCCUACAACGCCUGGGCAUGCUCCUGAUGAGGUGGCGGAUGGUCUCCUGAGGGAUCUCCUCCCAGACCUGGACUAAAGCAUCCACCAACUCUUGGACAGUCUGUGGUGCAACGUGGCGUUGGUGGAUGGAGCGAGACAUGAUGUCCCAGAUGUGCUCAAUUGGAUUCAGGUCUGGGGAACGGGCGGUCCAUAGCAUCAAUGCUUUCCUCUUGCAGGAACUGCUGACACACUCCAGCCACAUGAGGUCUAGCAUUGUCUUGCAUUAGGAGGAACCCAGGGCCAACCGCACCAGCAUAUGGUCUCACAAGGGGUCUGAGGAUCUCAUCUCGGUACCUAAUGGCAGUCAGGCUACCUCUGGCGAGCACAUGGAGGGCUGUGCGGCCCCCCAAAGAAAUGCCACCCCACACCAUGACUGACCCACCGCCAAACCGGUCAUGCGGGAGGAUGUUGCAGGCAGCAGAACGUUUUCCACAGCGUCUCCAGACUGUCACGUGCUCAGUGUGAACCUGCUUUCAUCUAUGAAGAGCACAGGGCGCCAGUGGCGAAUUUGCCAAUCUUGGUGUUCUCUGGCAAAUGCCAAACGUCCUGCACGGUGUUGGGCUGUAAGCACAACCCCCACCUGUGGACGUCGGGCCCUCAUACCACCCUCAUGGAGUCUGUUUCUGACCGUUUGAGCAGACACAUGCACAUUUGUGGCCUGCUGGAGGUCAUUUUGCAGGGCUCUGGCAGUGCUCCUCCUGCUCCUCCUUGCUCAAAGGCUUAGGUAGCGGUCCUGCUGCUGGGUUGUUCCCCUCCUACGGCCUCCUCCACGUCUCCUGAUGUACUGGCCUGUCUCCUGGUAGCGCCUCCAUGCUCUGGACACUACGCUGACAGACACAGCAAACCUUCUUGCCACAGCUCGCAUUGAUGUGCCAUCCUGGAUGAGCUGCACUACCUGAGCCACUUGUUUGGAUUGUAGACUCCGUCUCAUGCUACCACUAGAGUGAAAGCACCGCCAGCAUUCAAAAGUGACCAAAACAUCAGCCUGGAAGCAUAGGAACUGAGAAGUGGUCUGUGGUCACCACCUGCAGAACCACUUCUUUAUUGGGGGUGUCUUGCUAAUUGCCUAUAAUUUCCACCUGUUGUCUAUUCCAUUUGCACAACAGCAUGUGACAUUUAUUGUCAAUCAGUGUUGCUUCCUAAGUGGACAGUUUGAUUUCACAGAAGUGUGAUUGACUUGGAGUUCCAUUGUGUUGUUUAAGUGUUCCCUUAAUUUUUUGAGCAGUGUAUAUAUUUGCAAGAAAAAAAACAUAUGGGGAUUGGAAGUGAUGCAGACAAUUACAUUGAUGGAAGUUACAAUCUAUCUGAAAUAUUAAAGCUGAUCUACCCCCUAAAAUGUUUUUUUUUUAAUAAUGUUGGCUCAAGGAAGUCACAUCACAAGACAUUAGUCAUCACAUUGUUGAAACACUCAUAAAAGCCAGUUGGGACUGUUUUACAGUCACUGCACUUUGAUCAGAGUAAAGGUUAACAGGGCUUGUGACCGACAUAAUACCUACUAACAAAAGUUUAACUUUUCGUUGAUCUUUGCACUCACUGACAUUGUCGUGAGCUAAAGCUAAAACUCUCCACAUUCUCUAUGAUAAACUCAAAACAACUGUUAUCAAGGGUGUUUGUGUCACACAAAAUUGUUAGGCCUACAAAAUUUGAGAUUUUCCUUAGAACAGUCAUUCUCUAGCCUAUCUCGAAACAUACCUCGUGCAGUUGAUGAUAACGCCACAUCCUGUGGUAACCCUCAUGAUGUGCUGAUUUGGCUAAUUCUGAAAAACACCACAUGAUGCACCACAUUUAGAUUUUUUUGGGCUACCCAGUGAAGUAGCUAGUCGCAAGUGAAACAUUUGUCACUGAGGUGUGAUCAGCACAAAAUUGGGGCUGCUUUUUGUUGCUCACCAGAAAAGGUUUGAAUCUAUACUGAACAAACUCUAUACUGAACAAAAAUAUAAAUGCAACAAUUUCAAAUCCAAUCCAAUUUUAUUUUUCACAUGCGCCGAAUACAACAGGUGUAGACCUUACCGUGAAAUGCUUACUUACAAGCCCUUAACCAACAAUGCAGUUCAAGAAAUAGAGUUAAGAAAAUGUUUAAUAAAUAAACUAAAGUAAAGAAUAUAAAAAAAUAAAUAAAGAAUAAAAUAACAAUAACGAGGCUAUAUACAGGGGGUACCGAGUCAAUGUGUGGGGGUACAGGUUAGUCGAGGUAAUUUGUACAUGUAGGUAGGGGUAAAGUGACUAUGCGUAGAUAAUAAACAGCGAGUAGCAGCAGUGUAAAAACAAAGGAGGGGAGGGGUGGUAUCAAUGCAAAUAGUCCAGGUGGCCAUUUGAUUAAUUGUUCAGCAGUCUUAUGGCUUGGGGGUAGAAGCUGUUAAGGAGCCUUUUGGACCUAGACUUGGCGCUCCGGUACCGCUUGCCGUGCGGUAGCAGAGAGAACAGUCUAUGCUACCGCAGUCUAUGCUACCCACAGCAUCAUGCUGUGGGGGUGCUUUGCUGCAGGAGGGUCUGGUGCACUUCACAAAAUAGAUGGCAUCAUGAGGAAGGAAAAUUAUGUGGAUAUAUUGAAGCAACAUCUCAAGACAUCAGUCAGAAAUGUAAAGCUUGGUCACAAAUGGGUCUUCCAAAUGGACAAUGACCCCAAGCAUACUUCCAAAGUUGUGGCAAAAUGGCUUAAGGACAACAAAGUUAAGGUAUUGGAGUGGCCAUCACAAAGCCCUGACCUCAAUCCUAUAGAAAAUGUGUGGGCAGAACUGAAAAAGCGUGUGCGAGCAAGGAGGCCUACAAAACCUCACUCAGUUACACCAGCUCUGUCAGGAGGAAUGGGUGAAAAUUCACCCAACUUAUUGUGGGAAGUUUGUGGAAGGCUACCCGAAGCGUUUGACCCAAGUUAAACAAUUUAAAGGCAAUGCUACCAAAUACUAAUUGAGUGUAUGUAAACUUCUGACCCACUGGGAAUGUGAUGAAUGAUAGAAAAGCUGAAAUAAAUAAUUAGCUCUACUAUUAUUCUGACAUUUCACAUUCUUAAAAUAAAGUGGUGACCCUAACUGACCUAAGACAGGGAAUUUUUACUAGGAUUAAAUGUCAGGAAUUGUGAAAAACUGAGUUUAAAUGUAUUUGGCUAAGGUGCAUGUAAACUUCAGACUUCAACUAUAUGUCUUCUCACCUUCUUUCACUUUAGUGAAUAACCAUAGUUUGUGUAUAACAAAUGACGAUAUGAGUAUAUGUUUCUAAAAAUGGUUGAAUUUGUGUGUGGCUCUCCUAGGGGAUUUCCACAGGGAAGUACCAUUGUGCUGUGAUGACCAACAGUGAGCAGUGGGAGACGGCAUGUGUGAGGGCGGGCCGCAGCAGCGGGGAUCUGGCUCAUCCCCUGGUCUACUGCCCAGAGCUGCACUUCAACGAGUUCACCUCAGCCGUGGCAGACAUGAAGAACUCUGUGGCUGUGAGUGGCACCACUACUCCACAGUAUGCCCAGUCUCUAGCAGCUCCUAAUCCUGGAUCUGAGUACAAUCAAGGAGCUUCUACAGCCUAUUGUGAUUGUUGAUCAUUUUCCUUCAGCCAAUUUAUAUAUAUUUUUCUGGAUAAGAGUGUCUGCUAAAUGACUAAAAUGUAAAUGCAUGUUUUUGCUGUGUCUGUGAAAGGACAGGGAAAACGCCACGAGCUCCUGUGCCGGCCUCUUCAUCGGCUCUCACCUGGGUUUUGACUGGCCUGGCGUCUGGGUCCAUGUGGACAUAGCCUCCCCCGUCCAUGCUGUGAGUGACUGGAUAUUUUAGUUUAGUGGAGGCGGUUUCCUGGACACAGAUUAAGCCUAGUCAUGAACUAAAAAGCAAAUCCAAUGGAGAAUCCUCACAUAAAAAAAUGCUUUUUAGUCCAGCAUUAGGCUUAAUGUGUCUGGAAACCGCUCUUUAAAGUGUUUCAUUCAAUAUUUAGAAAGUAUAGACUAGACAUGCUCUAUUAAAUCAAUUUCAGCCCCUCACAGAUCUCGACUGACUCGUAUAAACAAAGGAUCUUCCUCUGUAUACUUUAUCUAUCUAGUGCUUACAGAUCGGUGAAAAAAUGUGUAGGAGCUAGAGCUAAGGGAAGGGGGGCUGGGAUCCAAAAUAUAGUUGAGUCAUGGUGUAACCUGUCCUCUCUCGCGUUUUCCCUCCCUUUCUCUCUGCAGGGGGAGCGCGCUACCGGCUUCGGCGUGGCUUUGCUCAUGGCCCUGUUCGGCCAGGCCUCAGAUGACCCCAUGCUCAACCAGGUGUCUCCUCUGGGGGCUGCUUGCAUAAAUGCUGCAUCCAGGGACCCGAUGGAGCGCGACUGCAAGAGGAGGAGACUGGUGUAAAACCUCCAAGCAGCUACCUUUGGACUUACCAACUGCACAGCCUCACCGGACCCACACACCUCCACUCUUUACGCUGACAUACACUGAUCACCUAGAAAGCAUUUCCAAUCCUCAAUUCUUAUUCGACUCCUUCACAAUGCAGUGAAUAAAAUGUGAAAAAAGAGCAGGUGGCUAGAACUUCUCUCAAAUUUGUUCACGUUGUAUUUAAAUGACAGUCUUUUAAUUUUGUCUCAGAUGGCCCACAAAGAAUUGGGAGAGAUGAUGAAUAUGCAAAUGUUUAUAGCAUGUUUUACACUUGAAGGUUUUGCCUUCCUUAAAUGAAUUACCAGAGCGUUAAGUGAGUGAGAAAGGAAAUGGUUGCAUAUCCCAGAACCAACGUGUAUCUGUGAUCAGGGUUGUGAGAGAGAGCUUUCAAUUUUGUGCAGAUGAGGGAUAUACAUUUUAAAAUAUAGUAUACAUCUAAUCUCUUUUUUUAUUGUCCUAUCAUGAUGGAACGAUCCCCAACCCUAUAUCCUAGAAACCCACCUGAGCGACCCAUACACCAAAGAGAAGUCCAAUCUGUUUUAUGGACCUGCUGUGAGUUGCCUAAACAGAAAAAUAAAUGCGGUCAGAAACCUACUUGAGCAGCACCGCACCCUCAAGAUUCUGAGCCUGCUGGCAGGGUUGGUCCUACAAAGCCAGAGCCCCCUGAUGGUAGAGCAUUAUAUACAAGGAAAUUCUCAAAACUGCUAAUGAGAACCUUGACAACCUUGUACCUAGCCGGUGGGGAUUCUGGUGGGUUACCUCCACCCAGGUAGUGGCAGUGCUGGAAACACUAGCUGCAGUAACCCAUGGGGAGGGGGUCACACUCUGACAAUCAGAGAGGGGGCUUAUUAUUGUGGCCCAGGUGGCACAAAAUAAUCAAAGGUCUGACUGCACGGAGAUGCUUGGUAAAAAUGGUUACAACGGGGGACCAGAGUGUUUGUGUCUCAGGUGAAGAGGGUGGAUCUGAUCUCCGUCACCUAGGACUUUACAUAGAUUAAAUAGAUUAAUCAAAUCUCACAUUGUUGUCAAUUUUUGCUCAAUCUUGCAUGCUUUCUCGAAAAGCUGUAACUGUAUAUGCAUUCGUAAAUCGGGUCCUUUCUUGAGUUGGGCUCUGGGAUGUAACAACCGUUGAGCAUCUGAUCUUAUGGUUGAUUGUGGAGGAAAGGGGUUGAGUAUGUGCGUGUGUGUUUAUCCCCAUCUGUUGCAAGGGGGUAAGGAUGUUAGGGAGAAUAUAGGAUGAACCACAAUAAUUGUUUGCUAAAAUAAUAAUUGCUUGUCAAAAAUGUAAUGUAAUACAAUGGCUAUCCGGGUUAUAGGUUAAAAUCCUACACAUGAACUGCCGACAUGAUUACGCAUAUUAAUUGAUAAUGAUGGAAAAUAAGAUAUGCAAGAUAUUUGAAUAGAUAUAUAUUUUUAAAUAGCUAUAUACACUGCUCAAAAAAAUAAAGGGAACACUAAAAUAACACAUCCUAGAUCUGAAUGAAUUAAAUAAUCUUAUUAAAUACUUUUUUCUUUACAUAGUUGAAUGUGCUGACAACAAAAUCACACAAAAAUUAUCAAUGGAAAUCAAAUUUAUCAACCCAUGGAGGUCUGGAUUUGGAGUCACCCUCAAAAUUAAAGUGGAAAGGUCAUACAGGCUGAUCCAACUUUGAUGUAAUGUCCUUAAAACAAGUCAAAAUGAGGCUCAGUAGUGUGUGGCCUCCACGUGCAUGUAUGACCUCCCUACAACGCCUGGGCAUGCUCCUGAUGAGGUGGCGGAUGGUCUCCUGAGGGAUCUCCUCCCAGACCUGGACUAAAGCAUCCACCAACUCUUGGACAGUCUGUGGUGCAACGUGGCGUUGGUGGAUGGAGCGAGACAUGAUGUCCCAGAUGUGCUCAAUUGGAUUCAGGUCUGGGGAACGGGCGGUCCAUAGCAUCAAUGCUUUCCUCUUGCAGGAACUGCUGACACACUCCAGCCACAUGAGGUCUAGCAUUGUCUUGCAUUAGGAGGAACCCAGGGCCAACCGCACCAGCCUAUGGUCUCACAAGGGGUCUGAGGAUCUCAUCUCGGUACCUAAUGGCAGUCAGGCUACCUCUGGCGAGCACAUGGAGGGCUGUGCGGCCCCCCAAAGAAAUGCCACCCCACACCAUGACUGACCCACUGCCAAACCGGUCAUGCUGGAGGAUGUUGCAGGCAGCAGAACAUUCUCCACGGCGUCUCCAGACUCUGUCACAUGUGCUCAGUGUGAACCUGCUUUCAUCUGUGAAGAGCACAGGGCGCCAGUGGCGAAUUUGCCAAUCUUGGUGUUCUUUGGCAAAUGCCAAACGUCCUGCACGGUGUUUGGCUGUAAGCACAACCCCCACCUGUGGACGUCGGGCCCUCAUACCACCCUCAUGGAGUCUGUUUCUGACCGUUUGAGCAGACACAUGCACAUAUGUGGCCUGCUGGAGGUCAUUUUGCAGGGCUCUGGCAGUGCUCCUCCUGCUCCUCCUUGCACAAAGGCAGAGGUAGCAGUCCUGCUGCUGGGUUGUUGCCCUCCUACGGCCUCCUCCACGUCUCCUGAUGUACUGGCCUGUCUCCUGGUAGCGCCUCCAUGCUCUGGACACUACGCUGACAGACACAGCAAACCUUCUUGCCACAGCUCGCAUUGAUGUGCCAUCCUGGAUGAGCUGCACUACCUGAGCCACUUGUGUGGGUUGUAGACUCCGUCUCAUGCUACCACUAGAGUGGAAGCACCACCAGCAUUCAAAAGUGACCAAAACAUCAGCCAGGAAGCAUAGGAACUGAGAAGUGGUAUGUGGUCACCACCUGCAAAACCAGUCCUUUAUUGGGGGUGUCUUGCUAAUUGCCUAUAAUUUCCACCUGUUGUCUAUCCCAUUUGCACAACAGCAUGUGAAAUGGAUUGUCAAUCAGUGUUGCUUCCUAAGUGGACAGUUUGAUUUCACAGAAGUGUGAUUGACUUGGAGUUACAUUGUGUUGUUUAAGUGUUCCCUUAAUUUGUUUUAUAAUAUCUAUUGUUUACAGGAAACUCAUUCAACAAUUCUAGAUGAAGUUGUGUGGAAAAAGGAAUGGGGGUGCGAAAUAUACUUCUCCCAUGGGCAAAGAAACUCAAAAGGGGUGAUGAUAUUAAUGAACAGUAAUUUCGAUCCGAAUGAGCAAAUUGCCCAAACAGAUACGCAAGGUAGAUGGAUUGUUUUAAAUAUGUUAUUGGACCAUAAACAGAUAUGGCUCAUUAACCUUUACAGACCAAAUAAUGAUGAUCCACACUUCUUUGACAAUAUAUAUAAUAAAUUAUCAACCCUGCAAGCAAUUCAAGACUAUUAUUAUGGUGGGAGAUUAUAAUGCCGUUUUAAAUAGCUCAAUGGACCGUAAAGAAGAUCACACUACAAACAUGCUCUUAAGGAAAUGGUGAAUGUCAUGGAUACAUUAGAACUAGUAGAUAUAUGGAGGCUUAAAUAUCCUGAUCUAGUGAGAUAUACAUGGCGGAGACUCAAUCAAGCUAGUCGUCUUGACUUCUUUCUUAUGUCAUUCUCGUUGGCACCAAAAGUUUAAAAAGUGUUGAUAGGGGACAGAAUGCGGUCGGACCAUCAUAUAAUUGGCAUAUACAUUACUCUUACUGCAUUUCCACGUGGGCGAGGAUAUUGGAAAUGUAAUCAAAGCCUAUUGGAUGAUAACUUGUUUUUAACUAGGACAGAGGAAUUUAUAACAGAUUUUUUCCCAACAUAACAUAGGUACAGCAAAUCCCCUUAUUGUAUGGGACACCUUUAAAUGUGCCUUUAGAGGCCAUGCAAUUCAGUACUCAUCUCGAAAACAAAAGCAAUUUAGGUCGAAAGAGUCCAUACUAACAAAGGAAAUAGAAGGUCUAACAGAACAGAUAGCAAUAAAUACUGUAACAUAGAGGCUCAGAAUAAAUUAGAGGAAAAACUAAAAGAAAUGGAGAAAAUUAUUCAAGAAAGAUCAAGUGCAAUAUAUUAUAAAAAUAAAGCAAACUGGAUGGAAUAUGGGGAAAAAUGCACCAAAUUCUUUUUUAAUCUUCAACAUAGGAAUGCUACCAAUAAAUUAUUUACUGAAACUGGUUACAAAUGACGGAGUCACCCAUGAUUCACCAAAUUCUAUUUUGAAGGAGGAAACCAAGUACUUGUUUUCCCCUGUAGCUCAGUUGGUAGAGCAUGGCGCUUGCAACGCCAGGGUUGUGAGUUCGUUUCCCACGGGGGGCCAGUAUGAAAAUGUAUGCACUCACUAACUGUAAGUCGUUCUGGAUAAGAGCAUCUGCUAAAUGACUAAAAUGUAAAAUGUUUUCAUUUCAGUCUCCAUCUCCUCUAACUGAAGCUAAUUGUAGAGAUUUUUUUUCUAUUGAUAAUGUUAAAUUAACAGCCAUACAGAAAGACUCAUGUGAAGGUGAAAUUACAGAGGAGGAACUUCUGGAUGCAAUUAAAGACUUUAAGUCCGGGAAAACUCCAGGGUUGAAUGGCAUACCAGUCGAGGUAUACCAAACCUUUUUUGAUAUACUGUACUCAGAAGACCGUUAUUAGCAUGUUUUAACCUGUGAUGAGUGUGAUUAGAAGGAGUCAGGCGCAGGAGGGUAAAUCACAGAAUACAGAGUUUAUUCCGUCGUACACAGUUGCGCUGGAUAGCGACAACAAAAUACAGGCACAGGGGAACAAUCUACCCCGGCAAUACAAGGUACGGGUAGCUCCAACAAAAUACAGGCACAGGGGAAUAAUCUACCAUGGCAAUACAAGGUACAAGUAGCUCCACCGAGCUACACUCAACUCACAUAAAACAAUCACCCACAAGGACAAGGGGGCAGAGGGAACACUUAUACACAGACCAAUGAGGGGAUAUGAACCAGUUGUGUGUAAUUGACAAGACAAAUGGAAUGAUGAUAUAUGGAGCGGCAGUGGCUAGUAAGCCGGUGACGACGAACGCCGAAGCCUGCCCGAACAAGGAGGGGAGGCAGCCUCGGCGGAAGUCGUGACAUAACCUCUCCUACGUAAAUGGUAGAUUAUUAGACACUCAAGAAGAAGGUCUGAUUUCAUUAUUACUGAAACAGGAUACAAGUGGAAAAUAUAAAGAUCCAGUCCAUUAAAAAAAUUGGAGGCCCCUUACACUUCAGUGUUGUGAUGCAAAAAUUCUAGCAAAAUGUAUAGCGCAUAGAAUUAAAAAGGUAUUGUCGGACAUUAUUCAUUCUAAUCAGAUAGGUUUUUUACAUGGACGAUACAUUGGAGAUAAUAUAAGGCAAGUACUGGAAACAAUAGAACACUAUGAAAAAUCUGGGAAACCAGGCCUGCUAUUCAUAGCAGACUUCGAAAAGGCAUUUAAUAAAGUACAACUGGGGUUUAUAUAUACAGUGGGGGGGAUAAAGUAUUUAGUCAGCCACCAAUUGUGCAAGUUCUCCCACUUAAAAAGAUGAGAGAGGCCUGUAAUUUUCAUCAUAGGUACACGUCUACUAUGACAGACAAAUUGAGAAAGAAAAAUCCAGAAAAUCACAUUGUAGGAUUUUUAAUUAAUUAAUUUGUAAAUUAUGGUGGAAAACAAGUAUUUGGUCACCUACAAACAAGCAAGAUUUCUGGCUCUCACAGACCUGUAACUUCUUCUUUAAAAGGCUCCUCUGUCCUCCACUCGUUACCUGUAUUAAUGGCACCUGUUUGAACUUGUUAUCAGUAUAAAAGACACCUGUCCACAACCUCAAACAGUCACACUCCAAACUCCACUAUGGCCAAGACCAAAGAGCUGUCAAAGGACACCAGAAACAAAAUUGUAGACCUGCACCAGGCUGGGAAGACUGAAUCUGUAAUAGGUAAGCAGCUUGGUUUGAAGAAAUCAACUGUGGGAGCAAUUAUUAGGAAAUGGAAGACAUACAAGACCACUGAUAAUCUCCCUCGAUCUGGGGCUCCACGCAAAAUCUCACCCUGUGGGGUCAAAAUGAUCAGAAGAACGGUGAGCAAAAAUCCCAGAACCACACGGGGGGACCUAGUUAAUGACCUGCAGAGAGCUGGGACCAAAGUAACAAAGCCUACCAUCAGUAACACACUACGCCGCCAGGGACUCAAAUCCUGCAGUGCCAGACGUGUCCCCCUGCUUAAGCCAGUACAUGUCCAGGCCCGUCUGAAGUUUGCUAGAGUGCAUUUGGAUGAUCCAGAAGAGGAUUGGGAGAAUGUCAUAUGGUCAGAUGAAACCAAAAUAUAACUUUUUGGUAAAAACUCAACUCGUCGUGUUUGGAGGACAAAGAAUGCUGAGUUGCAUCCAAAGAACACCAUACCUACUGUGAAGCAUGGGGGUGGAAACAUCAUGCUUUGGGGCUGUUUUUCUGCAAAGGGACCAGGACGACUGAUCCGUGUAAAGGAAAGAAUGAAUGGGGCCAUGUAUCGUGAGAUUUUGAGUGAAAACCUCCUUCCAUCAGCAAGGGCAUUGAAGAUGAAACGUGGCUGGGUCUUUCAGCAUGACAAUGAUCCCAAACACACCGCCCGGGCAACGCCCGGGCAACGAAGGAGUGGCUUCGUAAGAAGCAUUUCAAGGUCCUGGAGUGGCCUAGCCAGUCUCCAGAUCUCAACCCCAUAGAAAAUCUUUGGAGGGAGUUGAAAGUCUGUGUUGCCCAGCGACAGCCCCAAAACAUCACUGCUCUAGAGGAGAUCUGCAUGGAGGAAUGGGCCAAAAUACCAGCAACAGUGUGUGAAAACCUUGUGAAGACUUACAGAAAACGUUUGACCUGUGUCAUUGCCAACAAAGGGUAUAUAACAAAGUAUUGAGACACUUUUGUUAUUGACCAAAUACCAAAUACUUAUUUUCCACCAUAAUUUGCAAAUAAAUAAAUAAAAAAUCCUACAAUGUCAUUUUCUGGCGUAAAAGUAACACCGCAUUUCAGAAAAAGAACAUCAUACCAACAGUAAAAUAUGAUGGUGGUAGUGUGAUGGUCUGGGCCUGGGCCUGUUUUGCUGCUUCAGGACCUGGAAGACUUGCUGUGAUAAAUGGAACCAUGAAUUCUGCUGUCUACCAAAAAAUCCUGAAGGAGAAUGUCCGGCCAUCUGUUUGUGGCCUCAAGCUGAAGCGAACUUGGGUUCUGCAGCAGGACAAUGAUCCAAAACACACCAGCAAGUCCACCUCUGAAUGGCUGAAGAAAAACAAAAUGAAGACUUUGGAGUGGCCUAGUCAAAGUCCUGACCUGAAUCCUAUUGAGAUGCUGUGGCAUGACCUUAAAAAGGCAGUUCAUGCUCAAAAACCCUCCAAUGUGGCUGAAUUACAACAAUUCUGCAAAGAUGAGUGGGCCAAAAUUCCUCCACAGCGCUGUAAAAGACUCAUUGCAAGUUAUCGCAAACGCUUGAUUGCAGUUGUUGCUGCUAAGUGUGGCCCAACCAGAUAUUAAGUUGUAGGGGGAAAUCACUUUUUCACACAGGGCCAUGUGGGUUUGGAUUUUGUUUUCCCUUAAUAAUAACAACCUUCAUUUCAAAACUGCAUUUUGUGUUAUCUUUGACUAAUAUUUAAAUUUGUUUGAUCUGAAACAUUAAAGUGUGACAAACAUGCAAACAAAUAAGAAAUCAAUAAGGGGGCAAACACUUUUUCACACCACUGUGUGUGUGUAUAUAUAUAUAUAUAUAUAUAUAUGUGUGUGUGUGUGUAUAUAUAUAUAUAUAUUUGCAAGAAAGAAAAACAUAUGGGGAAUUGGAAGUGAUGCAGACAAUUACAUUGAUGGAAGUUACAAUCUAUCUGCAAUAUUAAAGCUGAUCUACCCCCUUAAAAAAUAAUCAUAAUAUAUAUUACCAGAGCAUUAUCACAAUUCUCCUAAAUUCACCAUAGCUAUAAUGAAAUCAAAAUACACAGUCUUAAAUGGUUAAGUAACUGAAUAAGGUAUUCGAUCCUGUUUGGUAAGUGAUGGUUCCCUUUUCUGUUUCAAUGUCUUUCUUGAGCAAAUUAGCUUGUUUAGGUAACAGGCAAACACAUACUUUGGUUUUUAUCCAUAGCCUAGCCACUGA